UCUCUCUCUCUGGCACUUAGCUUAGGUGAGCAAUAUGAGCAACAUCCCUUUCCUCCCCUCUCCGCCUCGACGUGCGACUAUGAGCCUUGGGUAAAGCGGUGAGUCCCCAUUUGAGGGUGGGAAGCUAACAGAGGCGGGAGAGUUACUCCGAAUCCCAGGAGUACCGUUGCCUUGUGCCCUUCCGUGGCCAUCUGCUUGGUGCGGAGCAGGGAUGGGCGACAAGGAGGAGGGUCCGCUCCGUUGGCGAGAAGAAGAAGGCGCAGACGGUGCACGGCGGCGGCGCCUGGAAUCAGGGGCCGGUUUAGUUUGGCCCCCGAGGUGGAGGAGGCGAGCUAGGGUUUUGCUGUUUUUUUUUAAUUAAUAAUAAAAAAACUGGGGAAGGGUGUCAGGAAAGCGAAUCGCUGCUUUUUCCAUUUUUCCUCACACACCCGCCUCAUUUGCAUGCCCUCCUCCCUCACCGCCUCCUUUCUCCGAGGCGCGUUUUUGCGCUGCGCUCUUGGAGAGCCCUAGCCAAGAGCGCCCUUGCGCGCUCCGGGGGAGAAGACGAAGGGGGCGCUUCCGUUCGCUCCCACUUCUCGCCAGUCUGCAUCGCCUCCCACUCGCGCUUCGCCCCUCCGCUCUCCCACGCUGAGCUUCUCUUUCUCUCUUGGUGUGUGUGUGUGUCUUUCCCCCUCCCUCUUUCUCUCUCCUCUUGGACGUCUCAAGGCGACAAUGACCAAGUCCCUGAGCCAGCCGGAGCAGAGGGACUCGGCGGUGGCGCCCUUGCGGGACUGCUCUGACCCGCCACUCCAAAAGAAGGACGUGGAGCUUCUCCUGGUGAAAGAGCAGAACGGCGUACAGUACACCAGCAGCAACCUUCUGGAGACCCGCAGCCCGCGCUACAGUCCCACCGCCGCGGAGCCUGAGCGGGAGACGUGGGGCAAGAAGAUCGACUUCCUCCUCUCGGUCAUCGGGUUCUCGGUAGAUCUGGCCAACGUGUGGAGAUUUCCCUAUCUCUGCUAUAAAAACGGAGGAGGUAAGAGAAGUCUCUUCUCUCUCUCUCUCUCUCUCUCUCUCUCUCUCUCUCUUGUACACAUACGAUAUUCUCUUCUGCAUCUUUGUGUUUCUCCAUAGCAUAACCGAUCUGACUAGCCUGUGGAAGUUUUACGCGAAUGGUUAGGAGAAGGUUUGGGGUUCCGGAGCCAGGGAGUGGGAGGCAGGUUCUUGUCCCACUGUGCCCUCCUGCGAUGCACACGAAGGCCCAUAGCAAGUCUCAUGCUCCCACCCUCACUUCCUACCAGGAGAAGGGAAAUAGCAGCGACCUACCUCCUAAGGUUGUUGUGAGGGUGGUCGUAGUAAAGAACAUGGGGGCACCCUGAUCUGAAACACGGUUGCUUACUUAGACGACAACAAACAAGCCUCGAGUUCAUUUAUUUGCUUAUCCUUCACACCUCUUCCUUUCCCUUCUUCCAAACAGUGUCAAGGAAGUAAACACCACCACCUCCUCUUUCUUAAAAAAAAAUUAUAUUGAGUGACAGGGUUGGCUUGGGAUCUUCUAGAACUUCACUGGAUGAGUAGAAAUUUGAAUCCAGCACAUCAUGCUCCUUGUACUACUGCUAACUGUGCAUUUUAAACUGUAUUCUAACUUAUAUUUUAAUCAACUGUUUUUUUGUGUGUGUGUGUUUUAAUGUUGUUACUGUAUUUAUAUUCAGUGUUAGCUGUCUUGGCCAGGGAGGGCGGUGUAUAAAUAAAAAUUUAUUAUUAUUUAUUAUAGGAUCUAACCUUGACAGUCCCAGUUGAUGCAUGUUUUACUUGAAAGGUGCAAGGGGUUAUGACUUGAAAGUGUCAUCCUAUGCCUGUUUACUCAGAAGUGAGACCCGCUAAGUUCGAUGAAGCUCAGCAACAUAGUAGUGAUUCCCACUGAGUCUUACCCCACUGAUAAGUGUGUUAAGGACUACAGCUUGUGUUUAGGAUUGCAGCAUGGAACUCUUUGCAGAUUAAAGGGGAGUGUACUGGGAGCAGUUGGUGGAAAGGGCAAGCUGUUUUAAGCACUUCUGUUUUCCUUGACUAUGAAAGAGGGAGCUGAGUUACAAACUGACUAUGACGAACAUUUCUAUACAGAUCCAGGACUUUAAAAUUUCCCAGCAUCUUGGGGCUGAUUCAUUCAAUGCACUCUAGUCAGUGUCUCAUUGCCUGAUGACUCUGAAUGGGUGAUCUGCUGUGCUUUCAAAGAGAAUUGUGUUUUUUGGGUCAUGAAACAAAUACUCAGAUUGCUUUUGAUGAUCGUUAUAUUAAUGAUUAUAUUUUUAUCCCUUCCUUCCUCCAAGGAGCUCAAUACAGUGUAGAGAGGUCUAUUCUCCUUUGUUCACACAACAACCCUGUGAGGUGGGUUAGGCUGAGUGAGUGAUCAGCCCAAGCUUAACCAGUAUGUUAAGUAGGAUUUGAACCCAGAUCCGCUACUUUUGCAUAGCCAUCACUUGGGGCGCAACAAUCCUCUAGUGAUUGUUGUAGUAGUAAAGGUAAAGGGACCCUUGACCAUUAGGUCCAGUCGUGGCUGACUCUGGGGUUGCGGCACUCAUCUUGCUUUAUUGGCCGAGGGAGCCGGCGUACAGCUUCCAGGUCAUGCGGCCAUCAUGACUAAGCUGCUUCUGGUGAACCAGAGUAGCGCACGGAAACGCCGUUUAUCUUCCCAUCAGAGUGGUACCUAUUUAUCUACUUGCACUUUGACAUGCUUUCAAACUGCUAGGUUGACAGGAGCAGGGACCGAGCAACGGGAGCUCACCCCGUCGCAGGUAUUCGAACCACCAACCUUCUGAUCGGCAAGUCCUAGGCUCUGUAGUUUAACACACAGCACCACCCGCGUCCCUGAUUGAUGUGGUAGAUCUAUCCUAAAGAAAAUACAGAAGGGCUGCUAAAUCAGAACUUUGUUUUUGUGAAAUAGGUGUGCACCCAUCCACCCUGGCUGUCCCAGAGAAGCCUGACUUAUUUUGAGAGUGGAUCAAAUCCAGUCACCCAGUGAUCAGUGUAGGGCUGUGUACAGAAAUUACUACCCCAGGGGCUCCUAAAAUGUGGUCUGCCAAAUCACCAGUGGUGCAUAAGCUUCAUGCAUGUGGCCUGUGGUGUGUCUCUAAAAAACAAUUGCCAUUUGAAUUCUAUAGAAUUCUAUUGGAUUUGAAUUGCAAUGCAAUCCAAUACUAUAUAGAAGAUAAACGGGGAAUAAAAAUGCAAAUUAAAAUCUAAUACAGGGCAUUGCAAUUGCUACAACAGGUAGAAUAUAUAUAUAUAUUCCAAGUGGUCUGCCAAGACCCUUGACAAUUUGCAGGUGGUCUGGUGUGUGUAUGUGCAGAUUUGGGAACCCCUGGCCUAUCCAAACUUUUCCGCCUUGCUGUAUUUAAAUUUGGAUGAACUUCUUGUGAUUUCCAAGCUUCUCUGACACACAUAGAAAGGGGUUUGCUGGAUCACAUCAAGGACCCGUCUAGCCCACCCUCCUCCUUCUCACGUCAUUCCCCUGCUGGGCCCUCUCAGCAACUGGUGUUCAGUACAUGCUGCCUCUUAAUUCCAAUUAGCCAUCAGGGCUAAUAGCUGUGGCUCACUCAACAGCUCAUGCACCCAUUUGUUCACCACUGCUGGACCAGCCCUGUAAUUUAAGAUUCCAUUUGCAUGGCUUUGUAUCUGUGGCUGCAUACACACCAUACAUGGAAAACACAUCUGCCAGCCUCCUGGCUAAUAAUCCUGGGAACUGUAGUUUGCCCCUCACAGAGCUACACUUCACAGCACCCUCAAGAAACCAUAGUUCUCAUGGGGUUUUUUGGUGACGUUUUUCUUGUGGGGUGCUUUAAAUGUGUUGUGUGUGUGCAGUCUGUGUCAGGGCCAUGCCCUCCCUGCUGCCAUUCCACUUGAACAAGAACUCCCCUUCAGUGCAGAAACUGCAGGGAACCAUGAGGACUAGGCUGUUGUGCAGAAUUGCAUGAUUUGACAGCUGUGCAAAUUUGUCACAGCGCAACGAGGUGCAGAGCAAUGAAUUAGGACAGUUCAGAUUUCAUCCGGUCAACAGAUAAAAGGGAUAAAGGCAGGGUUGGAUUUAGGUUUCAUGAGGCCCUAAGCUACUGAAGGUAAUGGGGCCCUUUAUAUGUCCAGCUGUCUUUUGUCAAAAACAAAUUGUCACUGUUUUUGUGUGUUGAAUAUAUGCUAUAUGGUUAUUUAUGGACCUAAUAGGUAUUUAAAGCCAUUUGCACAAAACAAAAUAUGUAUUUUAUCAAAGUAAUUGUUGAACAGAAAUACAAUUAAGAAGUAUAUUAAUAGUGAAAUAAUUAUUAAGCUCUAACUUAAAAUGAUUUUUUUAUUCAUAACAAACUUAAUAAUGCAAACACAUUGGCAUUUGGCAAUAACAAAAGUUCCUUUAGAAACACAGUUUACAAAGACUCAUAAUGAGCAAACCAGGGAUAUUUUAGGGAGCAGGCUAGCAGGCGGGGCCCAUUACUUACAUCAUAGGAGCCUACACAACACAAAACACUGUUGCUGUUUGUAGGUUUUAUUUUAUUUCUUUUUUGUCUUAUAUUUUGGAAACGUAGAUCCAGGUUUUUUUUCCUUAAAAUUUUUUGGGGGCCCUCAAGAGAGUGGGGCCCUAAGCUAUAGCUUGUUUAGCUUAUGCGUAAAUCUGGCACUGGAUAAAGGUGCUUCUCCUUAAGGAGAGGAGCUGUUGCUCAGUGGUAGAGCUUCUGCCUUGUAUUCCAAAGGUCCCAGGUUCAGUCCACAACAUUUCCAGGUAGGGCUGGGUAUGUGCCUUGUCUGAAGCCCCAGAGAACUGCUGUCAGUCAGAGUAGGUGAUGCUCAGCAAGAUAGUUCAAGGGACUGGUUUAUAUAAGGCUGUGUACACACAGGAGGCCCAGUCCUUCUAGUGUCUGUCUACUUGGACUUGCUUUUGACAACAAGAUGCCUUCUGCAUGCUUGCUGGAGUAACUCCAUCUUUGGGAAUCUGCCAGUUCCAUGCUGGAGGAACAGAGAGCAUGGCAAACAGAUGGAGAACUUUUGGCAAGACUGGGGUAGACGUUUGGCUACAAGGGAACCAGCAACAGAAGACACAGCGAUGAUAUGAUGCCUGGACCACUUGGUUGCCAGAUUAUAAAACAGUAGCUAAACAUACUUCUUGCUUUUCAAUAAAUGAUUUUUAUUGAGUUUUAGUCAACAUGCAAUAAACACAGAGCAAUAUAGGCAAUAUAGGGACGCGGGUGGCGCUGUGGGUUAAACCACAGAGCCUAGGACUUGCCGAUCAGAAGGUCGGCAGUUCGAAUCCCCGCAACAGGGUGAGCUCCCGUUGCUCGGUCCCUGCUCCUGCCAACCUAGCAGUUCGAAAGCACAUCAAAGUGCAAGUAGAUAAAUAGGUAUUGCUCUGGCGGGAAGGUAAACAGCAUUUCCGUGCGCUGCUCUGGUUUGCCAGAAGCAGCUUAGUCAUGCUGGCCACAUGACCCGGAAGCUGUACGCUGGCUCCCUUGGCCAAUAAAGUGAGAUGAGCGCCGCAACCCCAGAGUCGGCCAUGACUGGACCUAAUGGUCAGGAGUCCCUUUACCUUUACCUUUAAUAUAGGCAAAGUACGUUAAAGGAAUGUCUGCAACAGGAUUUGGAGUGGUAUUGCAAAAGUUCAUAGCACAGAAUACCUGUAGCCGUGUGCGCUGAUUCAGAGUGGACCAAUAUAAGCAGAAGUUCUCAAGCAGAAGGUAGACUUUUUAGAUAUGCUCUCCACAAUGUAAGCUGACUCAUUGAAAGUUGCAGCGGAAAAUAGAACUCAAAGGGGAUAGGUGAAUGUGCAUUCCCCAUAGCUUGGUGGGAGAGCAUCUGCUUUGCAUGCAGAAGGUCCCAGGUUCAAUCCCCAGUAUCUCUGAGUAGGGCUUGGAAAUGCUAGAUGGACCUAAUGGAGCUAGAUGAGUCAAUGAACUAAAUGGGCCUGCUUUUGCAAACCUUUACAAUAAUGUUUUUUAUAGUGAGUUUCGAUAGGUAUAAAUUAGAAUUGCAAGGGAUGGAACUAGCCUCCUAGAGCUUAUGUUUUAGGGCCCAGAAAACAGUUUCCAGUCAGAAAACUUGCUUUGUUCAAGUUUACUUACACUUGCUUAUGUUUCUGGUUACAAAUGCAAGAUAAUGUUCACGUUCUGAAACUGAAGAGUGUUUGGCAAAUUUGUCAUGUGCCAUUCACACAAGGAGGACAUCACUUGCUUGCCCUGCAUAUGAUUCCUGUGCAUUUGAUGUCUGAUGGCUGAACUUGUGAACUGACUUGUCUGAAAAGCUUUGCGUUUGAGAUCAUGGGGUGAUAGGAACUUUCAAUUUGUUCUCUUUCUUUCUUUCUCUCUCACACACAUGUACCACAUAACUUUAUGUAACCACGGACAGGUGAUGAACACCCAUAUCUGAACCAGUUAUAUGUGGUUCAGAACCCUCAGGCCAUAAUCUUGUCCACAUAUUACACACAAUGCAUGAGCAGUCUGUGUACCUCUGCACAAAAUAAUUGAUCUGUAUACUCGUACAGUUAUUCACAUGCAAUAUGCAACUGGUGUACAAUUUCUAUACCUUUAUACACAGUAGUUGAGCUGUACAAAUCAACAAGUGUACACUCUUCCACACAAAUGUGUGUGUAGGGUCAGCAUGUACCUGUAUUCAGUGCAACAUGUGUCAACAAGCCAAUAAAUAAAUAUAUUUCCCAAGUUAAGUGAUAUGCAUGGACACCCAAACCAGCCAUAGGCAUUAGAAUGAUUAUUCCCUCAUCUAGAUAGUUGUGGUUAUCCCUACAAAUCCUCUGGUGACUUGCUCUGACAACCCCACACCUAAGCAAGCCCUGGGCCCACUGUCAUUAUGAAGUUGCAGAUAUAUCAGAUUAAAGCGCUCUACCAGCCAGCCCAUGAAUUUAGGUCUUUCAUUUUCAUGCACAAACGCCAGAUGCUUUAACUUCAAUCACCUGGGUUUAAAAGAUUUGGCCCGAUUCCCCAAGUAGUAGCAUAAGGAUAUUUAAACACACACACACACACAAAUCAUUUCCUGCAUUCUGGGGCUUUGUUCUCUGGUGAUUUAUUUAUUUAUCAUUUGCCCUGGGAAGGUCAUGGAUGAGAGUUCUGGCACAGUGCGUCCUUUGUGCAGAUGGCUUAUCUCUACUGGCUCUUGCAGUAAUUCUCCCCAAAGCAUGACAAAGGUGAAUGUAAAAGUCCAUUUUCUUUGUAAAGGGAAGACAUUAUGGGCUGUCUGGCCUAUGCAGGGCCAGUGUAGGGAGCUGGCACUGCUGGGAACCUAUCAGGGCCUUCGCACCAGAAGCAGCCGUGCUGCUGACUAAGGAUAGCAAAACACAUUUUUUCUGCUCUGCCCUGUAUUCAUUGCAUGCAGCGUGGUUUCCAUUCUGCUGCAGUUCAUCUUCCACCAAAGCCAACCUUUCUCAUAUCAGUGUCUGCUGCAGAAAAAUUGUGCAACUUAUGUACUUUAUGUAAUUCGUGACAUUGUUCCACCCUGUUCAUUUCAGGGCAAAGGAAACACAAUGCAAAGGGAGGAAUGUAAUCAAUUACAUAUGGUUUUGCAAACUGAAAGCAACAACAAUGGCAAACGUAAAUUGCAUUCACAUGUUUGAUAUUAGUUCCGGGCAUCGGGUAGCAUUCAAUGUUAGGGUGGCACAGAGCAUACCCACUGAAGUUAAUGAACAUUAUGAUUGCUGUAUUUACUCAAAUGCAGUGCUUUUUUUCUUUUAAAAAUGUUUAGGGGUACUCUCAUUUUCCUACUCAUAUUGAAAUACUGCCCCUCAAUGAGGACAAUGUUUAGAUUCAUGAAAUGUUUAGGGGUAUGCGUACCCCUGUGUCCCCCCUGAAAAAAAGCACUGCUCAAAUGCAAUGCGCACCUUUUUUGGCCAAAUUACGUCACGGAAAUUAGGGUGUGCAUUAAAUUUGAUGGUGCAUUAGAUUCGAUUGCAAGCUUGAAAAACACCCUCUGACUUGGCAAAUACUUUUUUGGUUUCAAGGUUUUGAAAAGAGAGGUGUGUAUUAGAUUCAAUGGCACAUAAGAUUUGUGUAAAUAUGGGAAUUCCAUAAGGUCUACUCUGAGUAGGACUAGUGUUGCAUACCACCCAUAGAAUAGCAUAUCAUGAGCAUUUGCAGUUUUCACUCCCUUUUCUGUUUUCAUCUGAAUUAUCUGAGAUCCCUACAGCCUCACUUGUGUUGCUUCUCAUCUUUAUCCUUCCUCUUUGCAAGUCUGUGAGUUGGAAGAAGUUCGAGGCGGAGAAGUUUGCUCUCUCUUGGGUUGUAGUGUGGAGAGUACAAGCAAUUUAAUUUUUAUUAUUAUUAUUUAUUUAUUUCUUUGCUCAAGGAACCCCAAAAUAUGGAGCAAAUACUGAGUUGCCUCUCCGCCUAGACUGGGAAUAAUUUAAUGCUAAUGGUGCACUAGAUGGUCUUUGAGCAACUGUGAAUCUUUCAUGCUCCAAAAUGCAUGCAAAUCUUAACAAGGAUGCUCCUGCUCCACAAGAUUUUAAGCUGAGAUGCAUGGUCAGUGGCGCUGGAUGGUGCAGCUCUUUCUAGACUGUCCCAGUUCGAAUUUCAAAUGGGGAACUACAUAUUUCAAUGCACUCCAUGUAAUAAUGUGAUACAGAACAUUACAGUAUAGCAAAAUAGGGGUGGGGUAAAAGGUCAACCAGAGGGUCACAUUCCCUCCUCGGCAACCUUCCAGGGGCCACAUGUCAGCGUGUCCUUGGACUCUGAUAACACCUCCUGCUUCCCUGGAUGGAGGUUAUAGCAGUGAGUGUGUGUAGAAACUAGCCUCCUGUACAAAGGUUAGAAUUUACAUUUGUUGCUGCGUCCACUUGUCUCUGGCUCUGCCGAUCUCUGAGAUAUGCAGCUCAGAAGUUUGCCCAGAAAUGAAUAUGGCCUUUGGGAUGAACAGGGUUCCCCAUUCUUGGGAUGGGGGUGAUCUGAAUUGCUCACCCAGGCACACACUUAUGGGUGUCCAUACAUCAUAUGUGCCUAUCUUUCUCUGCCUUGAUACUCUGUGUGUGUGUGUGUGUGUGUGUGUGUGUAUGUGUGUGUGUGUGUGUGUGUGCGCGCGCGCGCAAAGCACUCUGGCAAAUCACAAAGCCAUUCACCUGACAUGUGUCAAAAGCCUUCCUAUUGUUCCACGAUCAUUCUAUUGUUCGUUGGUUGGUACUCUGCUCUGCUGGCAUGUGUGUAAUACGGGGAAUCUUUUUUGCUACUGGAGAGCUAUUCUUAGCUGAUGGAAAUAAGAGCCCAAUCUACGCCUGCUGUGUCUUGAACCGCUUCCUGUAGAAACCGCAUGCCGCACACUAGUCGAACGGCAAACUACUGGGGGAAAGAGCAGUUUGGAGAGCUCCUUUUGGAGCUCCUCAUAAUCUCAUUUUUCCUCAGACCACCCUGAUCAAUUUGGUGCCACCAGGAAACUUGGCUGUUUUGCUACUUGCCCCUAACUCCAGGGCAUUUAUGAAAAAGUUACAAAGCACAGGUUCCAGAAGUGAUUCCUUGAGGGGGGUGGGGAUCCUACUUUUUACAUCCCUUCAUUGUAAAACAAAAGUAACAACAACUCUGUAUAUUUAUUCUGACUUUCUGCUUCCUUGGAACUUUGGAAGGGAGGUCCGACAGCUCGCCUGUCAAUCAUCUGACAUAGUUAUGACAUGUGCAUUAUCCUGCCCACCUGUUGAAGUCCUUUGCUCAGUAUUUGAUAAGUGCUCAACUGCCAGCUGGUUGUUGGGCACUUGGAAAGUGCAGUGCAAGGUGUUUUGCAAACCAUAUGCCCAGUGCUUGGGAAGUGCAAGGACUGGGAAAAACUGCAGCCUCAUGGGACACAUUUGGCCUGCAAGUUGUAGGUUCUCCAUUCUUGCUUUCUGCCUAUAAUAUAUAUGCUCUCAUUUGAAACCAAGAACUCCAUCUUACCCAUCUUGGUUUGGAGGCUUCUAGCAUUAGCAUAUAAAUGCUUUCAGUAUUUACAGUGUUUUUCUCUCCAAAAGUCUUUGGCAUGUUCACUUUGUUCUAUGGUGCUUUGUACUCCUCGAAUUGCUGUCAUGUCCCCCUUGUGCACGCUGAUUCCCUAGUUCUACACCACUCCCAUUUGCACCAUCCUAAACAAUUUAACCCUCAUCCCUUGCGGAUGAUUUACCCUGAACUGGAGACUCCUCAUCUACUGUCAGUUUUCUGAAAGUUGCUCUGCCAGAAUUUUGGCUGUCAUGUCCAACAAUCUGUUUCCAUUCUGGUUCACACAGAGCCCUUCUUCUUUGUAUAGUCCUGGCUUGUCCCAAAAUGCUCUCCAGCACCUACCAGAUCCAGGCAUCUUUUCCUGACACCAGUGUCAUGGCUACCAGCCAUGAUGGCUAAGCUCUGUCUCAGGGUGGCCCAACUUUUCAUACCAAGUGGGCCACAAUAAUACUUUGACACAAAACCCACGGGUGCACACUGCCUUAUUGCACCUGUGUGUGUGUGUUAAUGAACACUUUCCCCAGCCCUUGCACUGCCUUCCCAAAGCUGGGAAAGCACUAACUAGGCUUUGGGAAGGAGGCAGGAGGACUCUUGAACCCUGCUACAGCCCCGUGUCUCUUUCCCAAAGCCCAGCACCAUGCUUGAGGGCAGGGCCGUCUUAAGCAUAGCCGGCACCAUGGUGCAAAGAUCCCUCCGGUGCCCCUUCAAAACAAGGGAGGGGGCAGUGGAAAAUGUCCUCUGCCUCCCCCACUGCCCCAAUCCCCGGCGUGGUGGCCGUGAUCAAGCAGGAAAACGUGCUGCAGGACAUGCUCUCUGGCGUCAGGGCACCCGAAAAGGCAGCCUAGGAAGGCUGCACACCGCCUUUCGCCAGGAAGCAGAAGGAGGACAAUGACUGGGAGCAAGGCUGUCUUUAGCAGAUGCAGAGGCUUGGGAUCCUAAGCCUCUGUGGGGAUCGCUCUCCUUCUGCAGAGGCUUGGGAGGGAAGCUGCACGCCCUCCAGGCAUAUAGUUGGUGGGGCGCAGCUGGCGGGCGUGCUGGGAAAGGGGAGGCUGCCGGUAAAGCCGCAAAGCUCCCCCACUAACGAGGGCGCCCCUGAGAGGUCGGCGACCUGGCGCAACAAACCACUAAGACCAAUGGGAAAGACGGCUCUGCUUGAGGGCUGGGCUGGGGUUGUCAAAUGUUGCCAAGGGCCACCAAAAAAGGCCUUGGGGGCCGCACAUUGGACCACCUUGCUGUAUCUCCAUGUGCUUCUGAAUACCAGUCAUUGAAAACCACAGGGGAGAGUACUCUUGUGUUCAGGUCCUGCUUGCAUAUUUCUCCUCAAGCACCUGGUUGACCACUGUGAGAACAGGAUAAUGGACUAGACGGGCCAUUGCCCCAAUCCAGCAGGACUCGUCUUAUGUUCUUAUAUCCAGGUGGGGCUAGGACAAAGCUUACCUGAAUGAAAGCCUGGAGAGCCACAGCCUGUCGUUGUAGACAAUACUGAGCUAGGUGGCCAAUGGCAUGACUCAGUAUAAGGCAGCUUCCUUUGUUUCACUAGGCACAUGCCCACAACCUCUAUCCAUCAGGGACAUUCUGUACAAUACAUCCGGCAAUCUACCAGCAUACUUCUCAUUGCUGUUUAUUGAGAUAAUUUUAUUUGGUGCCUGGGUCAUGAAAUGGUGAGAUGAGGAUAGUCUGCCCCGGCCUUAUCUCACUGGUGCACUGAACUCACACAGCUGCCCAACUCACGUGUUUCCUUGGCGUGCGGAUUAGGGCCCGAGAUGCUUCUUCGAGUGUGGCUCUCCUCUUGCUCACAGAGCUGUGAUCAAAGGUUCCCUGGUGAUUUUCUAUAGAAUGAAGAAAAUGCUGCCUAAGGGGGGGGGGGAGGGAAUCAUUAGCAGUGUGGGAGGAUUCACUCUUCUGUUAUGUGUUCAGUCCCUUUCAUUUGGGGGAGCCUCAAAUAUAUAUAUUAUUUUCUUCAGGCCACAAGGUGGAGCCAUGUAACUUUAAAAUAAUAAUUAACGUACAACGUAUAUAAAUGUAUAUGCUACAUAUUACCAGCUCCUGAAGAAGUCAAGUAGAUAUUUUCAGAAGUCUUUCUUUAUUUUUAUUUUUUGUAGUACGAAAUCUUUGGUACACAUUUUCCCAACCUGGCGCCUUCUAAAUAUUUGGACUACUCAGUGGUGCUGGCUGAGACUGAAGGGUUGUAGCCCCAAUCAUCUUGAAGGCACCAGUUUGAGAAAGUCCUCUCUGGAAUCGUAAACUUGUACUUUACAGCUGGGAAAAGGACAAAUCUGCUGAGCAGUUUUAAACACCAGCCAUCUAGAUUAAAUGAUCUGUACAUCACUGUGGGUUAAACUACAGAGCCUAGGACUUGCCGAUCAGAAGGUCGGCAGUUCGAAUCCCCACAACGGGAUGAGCUGCCGUUGCUCGGUCCCUGCUCCUGCCAACCUAGCAGUUCGAAAGCACGUCAAGUGCCAGUAGAUAAAUAGGUACUGCUCCAGCGGGAAGGUAAACGGCGUUUCCGUGCACUGCUCUGGUUCGCCAGAAGCAGCUUAGUCAUGCUGGCCACAUGACCCGGAAGCUGUACGCCGGCUCCCUCGGCCAAUAAAGCGAGAUGAGCGCCGCAACCCCAGAGUCAGCCACAACUGGACCUAAUGGUCAGGGGUCCCUUUACCUUUAUCUUACACCAUAUUUAGCUGGUCAGAUCUUCACGUGUACCACAGAAUGAAAUCUCCCUGAUCCCGUAGAGCUGAAUUUCAGCCUUCGGUUCAAGGCAAAUGAUGCAACUCCUGUGCUGAAGUUAAGCAGGUCUUGCUCUGUGUCUGAUGCUACUUGGGAAAGCCAUAAAAGAAGAAAUGUGGAUAACAGGUUUGUGAAUAAACACAAUCCAAUUAGCAAACUUGAGAUUGGAGUUCUCUUCAGCUUUCAGUGUUGUAUUACUUUUAGAGUAAAAACAGGGGUGUGGAGCCUUUUCCCCUUCCCUCAGAAGUAACUUUCCGAGGACUGAAUGCCCAUGAUAGGUGGGGCUGGAGCCCAAAGGUGGGCAGGGCCAGAAGUAAUAAGUAGGCAGAGCAACAAGUGUGACUCUCUAGCCCUUUCAGAGAGACCCAGGUUUAAAAAGGCUGCAACAUUUGAGACUUUUUAGUUUAGAGAAAAUGCAAGUAAUAGGUGAUACAAUAGAUGUAUUGUGGUAAAACUGGAUGGAGAAAAGUUCCUCUCUCACAGCAUCAGAGCUCAUGGACAUGCAAUGAAACUGAAUGUUGGAAGAUUCAGGACGGAUAAAAGAAAGCUUUUCUUCAACCAACACAGAGCUAAACUGAGUCACUGGACCUGUGGCUGCUCCUCCAGACAUAAAGGACAGCAGAUCUGACCUGGUGUUUGUUUUUGUUGUUGUUUUAUCUGGAGUAGCUUCUGCUGAAGUAAACGCUUGCGAAGUUUGGAGCUAUGCAGAAUGCUUUGUUUUCAUAAGCAGUAUAGAUGCUUCUUUUAUCCAGUGAACAAUUUUUGUAUCAUUCAGAGAAUGGAUACCUGUUUUCUAUGCAGAGAAAAACAGAUUCAGUUAAAGCUCAUUUUCUGUUGUAUCAUUUUAUACUUUACAUAUUGUUGUAACAAGCACUCGCUCCCCUCUUGAUGAAAUUGCAGAGCAAGAACUAUUUCUUAAAAGGUUGUGAAAUCUUGAAAGCAGAAUUUCCACCUUUACAGGGCAAUAUGUAUUUUUAAUUUGGAAGAGAAACAGACUGUUUAAAAAAACAACAACUGAGGUUUAUGAGCACUGUUACAAGAUGUGAAAGUGUGUGUGCCGGGUGGCGGCGGCGGGGUAUAAUUUCUCCCUUACAGUGUCUCAUCUUGCACACUUGAGCUUUUCAGGAUAAGACUUGUAAAUGAACACUUUGAUGUCAAAUAACAGUCACGUGGUUUGGAAUAACAAGGGUAGGAAGUGCUCUGUCAAAGCAUUCGGAAGAGAUUGCAGGAUCAAAAGGGAGCAGCUGGAUGCGAUUUGCAUCUCUGCAGGACUUUUUUUGCCAACAUUGGGAAUCACAGCUCUUCCUGGGGGUGGAGAGGUCAGCCGUGGCUGAAGGAACUGAAAUAUUACACUGAGAUCAUUAGUUGCAUGGCUGUGUAAACCUUCCUACGAGCACCUUAAGGUGGAUGUCCAAAGAGGUUCACUGUUGCCACAGAUCAAAGCUGAGGGACACCUUGAAGCUCCCAUCUUUGAACUAUAUCUAUACUUGAAAUCCGUUAUGAUCUCCGGUUGUGUACUUGCUACAGCUUCAUGGGUUGCUUAUUUCACAAGAUCUGUAUACUGCUUGAAUGAAAGAAAACAACAGUGUUUUACAUAAAUAAUAAAACAAAACAAACAUCACUAAAAAAAGAGAGAGUUAAAAAUGACUUUAACCAUUCCAAAAAAGAUUGAAAUCAACGAUAAGAUAAAAACCAGACUAAAGUGCAUGUCUGCUAGUGUUUCACAUGUCUGGAGAAACUUGCCUAAACAAAAAUGGUUUAGCAGGUGCAGAAAAGAGUACAAUGAGUUUCAUGGUGUGAAUGCUGCCAUAUGGUGUUCUUAGAAAUGUGGAAGUGGCUGAGUGGAGAUAUAUAGGGUAAAGUGAUUUCUCAGGUCAAGAAUAUAGGAGAAAUUUGAUUUAGAUUGCCUUUAAAGGUGGACCUCCCUAUUUUGCACUUUCCAUGACAAUACACAUAAUGAAAGACAGUCAUCUUUUGAAAUUCACAGUUUUUGGAAUUUGGCAAUGCAUUUCUCUAGUCAAGUCAUGUGUUCAGAAAACGGAUAAAGUAGGGUAAAGUCUGCAUACAAAUGCAUAUGUAAGUGAACAUAAAAAAAUGCAUUCUAUUAGGGGGAAUGGCUUUACAAAAAUGUGUAUGUUGUGACUCUUCAGUUUAAGGGAUGCAUCCUGUUUCAGCCAUCACUUACUUAGACAGUGUCAGGGAGACUUGAAUCGAGGCUUCAGCAAUGCCUCCCGUCCAGUUUGAAACCAUUCCAGAUGCUGCAAAUGCACUAGCAGUUUUAUUGCUGCACCACUAGGAGAUGCAUUUGAGGGGCAGCAGCGUGACAUCCUUGUUCCAGAGGGGCACUGGUACCAUGGGCUCAUCUUGCCAACGUAUUCUAGGGCCUGCAUUCCAUGCAAAUGCUUUUCUUGCUUAGAGUCCUCUAAGACCUGCUGCCUCUGUGUAAGGCUUAGUCUAAGGCUGGUGCUUGCUGAAGCAACAUCAACAUCUGGAGGGCCACAGGCUCUUUAUCUGUGUUAUGAUGCAAGCCCUCACUUUCUCAUUGACAGGGGUGGGAAAAUGGUCUUCUGAGAAAGGGUUGCAGCAUUUGGGGCUUUUAUAAUUGAGGGGGAAAGGGUGGGGCGUGAUAGAGGUGUAUGAACUUCUGCAUGACAUGGAAGAAAUGGAUAGUUUUUAUUUUUCUCUAGUUAGAAACCCAUUGGGGAAUUCGCAGACUGACAAUGGACUAAGGUAGUACUUCUUCACAUAUUGCUUGGUGAAGUGCCUGUGCUUUUUUAUAGAAAAAAAAGGCUCUAGAACUACCCCCCCUCCCCUGCCUUGCUCCCGCCUGCUCUUAACCCCUUCCAUGGCGGGCUGCUGCUGUGAUCACAGAGAUCAAUAUCUGAUCAUGGUGGUGGCAGCAGGUUUCUUGGUGGGAGGGAGAGGCGGGCAGAGGGAGUGGGCAGGGGCUUCCAAGUCAGAGCCAACCAGCCUCUAGGGGGGAGAGAGAAGGGGAGCCAGGAACGAGAGGGAGAUAGAGAAAGCAGGGGAAGUGGGGUGUGUGUGUGGAGGGGAGGACAAGGGGAUGAUUUAACCUAGAGCAGAACAUCUCACAAGCACCUCUUGGGGAGAAAACCAAACCAUAAUAAAUAAGGAGGGAGGGAGGUGGCAGUAAAGCAGAAUGAGGCGGUGGCGGGUGGAAAACUCAGACAGCAGUGGUAGCGGUGGUUCAAAUCUCUCGGAAAGGCUGGCCCAGCGGCUGCUGAAGGGACAGGCAGAGAUAGAUUUUUUUACAUAUGUAUAUAUAGUGCACUUCUUUUUUUGGGGGGGGGGGAGGUGCCGGAACUGUGCUCCGGUGCGCUCUGGCUCAAAAAAAAGUACUGCCCUUAGCCUAAGGUUACCAAUAUUUUUUUUUCAAUGAAUUCGGGGACACGUUUCAACUUCAAUGGAUUUUGUAUGGGGACUGAUUUGUAAAUCCGGGGACUGUCCCCAGGAAACGGGGACAUCUGGUAACCUUACCUUAGCCACAGAGAACAUAGGAAGUCUGUGGGAAUGUUCUGGGGUGCAGGAGAGGAUAUAUUGUGAGAUUAUAUCCUAAUCCAAUUUGUGCUAACAAGUUCCCAAAAUAUCAGCAGAGUUUAUGACAUUCCCCUUUAAGUUCGCAACGGUAACGUCUGCACAGGUUCGCUAGAACCUCUAUAAUAAUUACUCUGGUAAUUUCCCCUUUGUUCCCUCUUAAAAUACAAGACACGACACAGUCUUUAUAAAAGUAUAAAAGAGUUUACUCACAUUCUGUUCACAAUAUGAUCCCAGAAGGCAGACAGCUUAAAAAGGUUACAUACAUUCAGAAUCUAUCUUGUAGCAAGAUAGUCCUUAUCUCCUCUCUUGGCUGAGAGCCAAGAGGGCAUGCUUAGAUGUUUCCUCAUCAAAGGAAGAUGGCAGAGAGAGAGAAUGGCUGGCUGCCCUGUGCUUUUAUCAUUUACCUGCACAGGUGAGGCCACACCCACCUCUGGUCACAUGCAGAGGAAGUCCGUCCCCAGGAAGUUUACCUGCUUGCUAGACAGACAUCCCUCCCCAUGUUCUAACAUGUACACUCUAGGAAUGUUGUCAUUGACUGCUCCUGCGUUUUACAUCCCACAUACCCCUUCUCAGGCAAUGCAACAUUAUACAAAACAUAAACAACUUUAUUCAACCACCCGGAGUCCCAGCUUGACACGUAGAUUCUGGAAACUCUCUCUUGGUAGGGGUUUCAUCAGGAUGUCAGCAGUCAUCUCUUGGGUGCUGCAGUAGGAUAGUUCCACUAGUCCAUCCUGGAUCAUCUGGCGUAUGUAGUGGUAUUUAACCCCAGUGUGUUUUGUUCUGGCCAGAAACUUUUCACUCUGCGUAAGCUUCAGGCAACUUUGAUUGUCCUCUAGCAAGCUGACGGGACCUUUUCUCACCAACCCAAAGUCCUUGAUCAAGCCAGGCGAUCUCUCUGCAGGCUUCUGUUGCUGCAACGUAUUCUGAUUCUGUGGAAGAUAAUGCUACACAGCUCUGUUUAUAACUGCCCCAUGCAACAGGUCCAUCACCAAACAUAAAAACAUGACCACUUGUUGAUUUAUAAUCAGCAUUAUCCCCAGCCCAAUCCGCAUCAGUAUACCCAGCCAACUUAGGGUCUCUGACGGCUGGUAACCUUAAUUCGCAAUUCAUGGUAACCUUCAAAUAUCGCACCACCCGCUUUACACCUACCCAAUCAUGCUCAGUGGGAGAAUUCACUUUUCUGCUAAGAAUCCCCACAGCAUUAGCUAAGUCAGGUCUACAUGUGGUAACUAAAUACAAAAGUUUACCAAUCGCCGACCUGUAGUCAUUGUUGUCUGGCAACUGCUUCGAAUCCUGCUGAUUCUUCAGGAAGUCAGUAGCCAUCGGUGUAGCAACUGGAUGUGCGUCUUGCAUCUGCGUGUGCUCAAUCAGCUCAUGGAUCUUCUGUCUUUGGCUGAGAAGAAAUGAGCCGUCCUCUUCUCUUUCCACCUGGAUCCCGAGGUUGUACUGGACAUCUCCUAGCUCCUUGACUUCCACCUCUUUGCUAAGGUGUUUUACUAUCUGUGUAUAGUCUUUCUCACUUGCUGUGGCAAUAAUCAGGUCAUCAACAAAUGCUAAGAUAUAUGAGAAUUGUCCAUUAUUUGACUUACUGUACAAGCACUUGCCAGCGUCGCCUUGCUUGUACCCAAGUUGCGUCAGCAUUUUAUGCAACUUCUGGUUCCAGGCUCUAGCAGCCUGUUUGAGUCCAUAAAGUCCUUUCUGGAGUUUGCACACUAAAUGUGCCUCAUGUGGUUUCACAAAACCUUUGGGCUGUUUCAUGUAAAUUUCCUCAGAAAUCUGCCCAUGUAGAAAAGUGGUAGCAAUGUCUAUGUGUGUCACUCUCAUUUUCUUGGAGGCUGCAAUGCUUAAAAGCAUUCUUACGCUGCUGUACCUCACGGUUGGUGCAAAAACGUCAUCAUAGUCUUCACCAAAACGCUGUGAAAAUCCCUGUGCUACAAGUCUAGCUUUGUAGCGCUGCACUUCUCCUUCUGACCCCUUCUUAACCUUGAAAACCCAUUUACUGCCAAUGGCCUUCUUACCGGGAGGCAGCUCAGUGAGUGUCCAGGUCUUGUUCUGAUGCAGUGCAUCCAUCUCCUCCUGCGCGGCCUUCCUCCAGAGACUGGCUUCUGCAGCUGGCAUCUCCUGUAUCUCUUCCCAAGUGGAAGGUUCCUGUGGAAACGCCGACCCUGGAAAGUAGGACAACCGUAAUGAUGGGACACCUCUGUUGGUUCUGGACGAGCGCCUGACCUCUGGUUCUGUGACCGCAUCAGCUUCCUCAUCCUCCUCCAACGCAGGCAUGUCCCCAUCUGAGUCCUCCUCUUCGUCUCUGGUGCCGCCAGGGUUCUGGUCCUCUGCGUCUUCUGGUGCGUCGCCUGUAGGGGGCGCUGCAACACUCGAAGGCAGAUUAUUACUUUGUGGGGUCUCAAAAGGGAAAUAUACGAACUCUUGAGUCCUUUCUGACUCAUCUGAAGAACCCACAACAGUGUUCUUAGUGUCUACUUUUCCAUAUUCAUCAACAUAAACCGCAUGGUAUGCAUUUGUCUUACCAGUUUGUAAGUCCAUAAUUCUGUACCCUUUGCCUCCAGAGGCAUAUCCCAAAAGGAUACCUGCUUUUGCCCUGGAGUCAAGCUUGUGUCUGUGUUCCUUGGGCAAGUGGAAGUAACACGGACUUCCAAACACACGUAUGUGCGACAGAUUGGGAGCUUUCCCAUGCCAAAGUUCAAAUGGUGUGCGCUCUGCACCUUUAGUUGGCAGGCUAUUCUGCAAAUAGACCGACGUGUAUACUCCUUCGGCCCACAGCUUCUGUGGCAAACAUGCUUCCUUUAGCAUGCACCUUGUCAUAUCCAUAAUGGACCUAAAUUUUCUCUCAGCUAUGGCAUUCUGCUGUGGUGUGUAAGGAAUUGUGGUUACAUGUGAAAUUCCUUCCUUGGCCAGGAGAGCCUGCAUUUCAUUUGAGCAGUACUCACCUCCAUUGUCGCUCAUUAGCACAGCUGGAGCUCUCUGGAAUUUGUUCUUGACCAUGGCAAUGUAUUCCUGGAGCUUGCCCACUGUCUCACUCUUCUCUUUGAGGAAAUAUACAACACAAAAUCUUGAAAAGUCAUCCAGAAAUAUUAAAAUAUAUCUAUUCUUUCCCAGUGAGGGAACAUUCAUGGGUCCACAUAUGUCAGUGUGCACUAUGUCAAGCACUUUGUUGCUUCUUUGUUCUGCACAACGUGGAAAUGAAGGUUUUACAGCCUUCUCAGUAAUAUAGCUUAUGCACUUUGCUGGAGCUUUGUUGCUCUGCUUUACCUGCAAACCUCUUACAAGAUCUCUUUUCUGUAGAUCCAGAAUGACAUUGGUAUCCCUAUGUCCAAGCCUUCUGUGCCAUAGGUCCAGAUCUGCUUCAUCCUUCUGGCUGGAAUGUGCCACUUCUGCAGACUGGUUCUCUGAAAGAUCAAGCUCAUAUACACCAUUUAUUAGCUUUGCUUGAGCAACCACUUUGCCAUUUUUAGUCACCUUGCAUUCUUCAUUUCCAAAUGUAAUCUGGAAACCUUUCUUGUCCAAUGUGGACACGCUGAUUAAAUUGCAGCUCAGCUCUGGAACAAAACUCUAGAGAUUGUGUUCUCAGUGCAUUCAUUGUUUAUAUUGCAUUUCAGACUCAUGGAACCUGCACCUUUUGCUUUAACAAUGUUGCCAUCUGCAAUCUCAAUUUCAGAUCCUUCUUCAUCAUUUAUCUCAUUAAUCUCAUUAAAAUAGUCCUUUUUAUAUGAAAAAUGCAAACUGGCACCUGAAUCUAAAAUCCAUUUAUUACGUUAUUUUCACGAUUCUGGACAGCUAAAUUCCUUUCUUGCAGUAGCCAUGUGCAUUCACAUUUCCCCUUCUUUUCCCCUUUUGGCUGAAAGGGGUGGGGUUUCUUUGCUUUAGGAGCCCUUCUUUGUUACAAUUGAAACAAAUCACUUUCUUAGGCAUCUCUUUGGACUUUGUAAAUUGCCUAGAUGCAUAACUGCUGUCCUUGAUUUUAGCAUUUCUCACUGGAGAUUCAGCUCUAUCUAUGCAUUCUUCUUUUAAAUAACCAAUCAAGUCUUUAAAGGUCAGACCUUGUCUAUGGUCCAUCAAACUUACAAAAGCGCUAAAGCGUGGUCCAAGUGAUGAUAACAAAAAUGCUAUCUUUGUAUCUUCAUCAAAAGCUUUGGGAGUCAGAUCAAUUCUUUGAAUAAUCUCAGUAAACUUGUUGAUGUGCUCUGUGAAUUCCUGUUUUGAAUUCAUCCUCAAUCUGGUUAAUUUGCACACCAAGUUUCUGAAGCAGUUUAUGCUAGAUUCUCCAUACACGCGCUCAAUAUCUCUUAAGAUUUGAGACGCAUCAUCUGUACUAUUUAUUAAUGAUAGCUGCUCAUCAUUAGGUCCACUCAAAAUUAUGUGUCUAGCUUCGCUGUUCAUGCAUUUCCAAGCACUUAUGUUGGCUAAAGCUUCCUCAGUUGUUCCUGUAGGUUGAGGGUUUAAAGCUUCCAAAAUGUGCUUAUAAUCUAAGCAUGCUAUCAAGCGCUGCUUCCAGUGUAUGAAAUUGUGUUCAUUCAGCACAGGCAUUCCUAGCUUUGCAUCACUAUCAAAAGCUGCUCUAGCCAUCUUAAAAUCCAAAAAAUUGAAAAUUCUUCAAAAUUUCAAAAUUUCUCAAACUUUUAAAAUCAAAAUCUCAAAAAUCUCAAAAUACAAAACAAUUCUUCACUGCCUUGGGUCACUGUGAACUCUGAGGGAAGGGGGGGUUGCUUAAUCCCCACUGCACAAUGGAACAAAGGACCAUGUGCUUACCAGGAAGUUAACUCAGAAAAAUACUACUCAACUCAAAAUCACAAUCCAACACAAUCCUAAAAAAAAACCAACGCAGAAAUAUGCAAUACUGGGCCCAUAACCCUUUGUGGGAAUGUUCUGGGGUGCAGGAGAGGAUAUAUUGUGAGAUUAUAUCCUAAUCCAACUUGUGCUAACAAGUUCCCAAAAUAUCAGCAGAGUUUAUGACAUUCCCCUUUAAGUUCGCAAUGGUAGAACCUCUAUAAUAAUUACUCUGGUAAUUUCCCCUUUGUUCCCUCUUAAAAUACAAGACACAACACAGUCUUUAUAAAAGUAUAAAAGAGUUUACUCACGUUCUGUUCACAAUAUGAUCCCAGAAGGCAGACAGCUUAAAAAGGUUACAUACAUUCAGAAUCUAUCUUGUAGCAAGAUAGUCCUUAUCUCCUCUCUUGGCUGAGAGCCAAGAGGGCAUGCUUAGAUGUUUCCUCAUCAAAGGAAGAUGGCAGAGAGAGAGAAUGGCUGGCUGCCCUGUGCUUUUAUCAUUUACCUGCACAGGUGAGGCCACACCCACCUCUGGUCACAUGUGGAGGAAGUCCAUCCCCAGGAAGUUUACCUGCUUGCUAGACAGACAUCCCUCCCCAUGUUCUAACAUGUACACUCUAGGAAUGUUGUCAUUGACUGCUCCUGCGUUUUACAUCCCACAAAGUCAUCCUGUACUGAGCCACACUAUUGAUCCUUCUGCUUCUAUACUGUCAACGCUAACUAGAUCAGGGGCUGUCCAGGGUUUCAGUCCGAGUUGUUCCCCCCCUCCCAGUCCAACCUGGAGAUGCCCGUGAUCGAUCUUGAGAGCUUCUGCAUCAAAAGCAGAUUCUCUACUAUUGAGCUGUGUGACAACCCUUCUCCUGCUACAACCUUGGAAGGUAGAGGCAAUUUCUGCUUCAGUUGCUUGGCUGCAGAAACACCACUUGUGAAUUAAAAAACGGUUGAUUGUGGCACAGUGAUAAGAGCCUUAAGUGUAAUCUUGAGACUUUCGUGUUUUUUGUUUGAUCCUGCUCUGGGCAGAAUUUUCAAUCAUCUACCUCCUAUUGGCUUCUGCAUUAAUCCUCUUGAAAGACACACGUAGCUUAUUUCAGAUGUUUUAAAGCACUUUUCUUCACCUUAGUGUGCAGUGGCUCUCAGUGAUCCUUCUCCUCUCUGCCCCUCUUGACCCUUUUCUAAGAAGCUGUUUUCUCUUUCCUCUCUAGAAUGUGCUCCUUUCAGAAUGGUUGUCUGGAAGCUUGUUUGCUUAUUUGGGUUUUUUCACUCUGACAAUCAAGGAGGAGUGACCUAAAAAAAAGAAAGUAUUAAAACAUUUUGAAGAUCAGAAAGAAAGAAAGAAAGAAAGGCCUUUGCAAAUCCAAUACUUGACACUGCCUCUCUCCAGCAGUUGCUACAGCUGAAGUGUUGGACACUUUAAAGUAGCAAUCCAGUCUUAAAGGGAUUUAUAUGCGAAAUUUGGUGGAAUCCAAAAUGACUGAUUUUUGUUCACAUCAGAUCACGUCUUGCAUAUUUUAAUUUAUUUGUUUAAAAGCAUUGCUUGACAGCUUUAAUAUGUUAAAAAUCUCUUAAGUGGGUGUAUUCUUUACACUGAUUUAUUUAUUCAGCCUAUCAUUAAUUUAUUGAUUACCUUCCUUCACCCUAAAGUCCCAGGAUGGGUUUACAGCAUUAAACACUACAUAAAAGCAAUUUAAAACAGCUAUGCCCCACCCUUGCUCCAGAAGGUUACCAGGCCACCAAACCUAUCAAUAAGAAUAAGAAUAAGAAUAAGAAUAAGAAUAAUAUAUUAAGCAUUAUAAAAGCAGUUAAAAACAAACUCUCAACCAGUGAUUUCAGGGGUUGCCAGGCAUGGUAUUGUUCUGAGCUUAUAGUGUGACAGAAAAGAUUUUUGGAAGAUGCUCUUUUGAAAUACCAAUCCUCUGGUUACCAGUAUCUCAGAGGGGCCUUGGGGUGGGGGUUGUUGUUGUUGGGCUUCUUUGUUUUGUACCGCAGUGUCUAUCAACUCCCCAAAUGGAUGCAUGCAAUCUGCCUGAUUCUUAUUUUAUUUGAUCUUGAACAUCCCCCAUUAACGCUUGUUACACUUUGAUAUUUAAAUUAGCUGUGUCCUGAUGAGAGAAUGCAUUUGCUUUCCCAGAGAGACUGUAUCGGGGAGAUGGAUUUACUCAGCCAAGUGUUGUAGCUAUUGCUGUAUACACACACACACACAUAUUAAAACAUAUUAUAUCACACAUCUGGAAUGUUGCUCAGUGCAUUGAACACUGUCCAGCCACACAAAGCUUAGCAAAUGGGCAGUUGAAAAGUUGGGGGGGGGAGACAAUGCGAGGUUCUGUGUCUGCAGUGGAAAAUGGUGUGGGAUGCGGGGAGGGAAUCCAUGGACUCAGCUAUACAGCUGCAAACAACAUUUUAAGUGUGUUUUAAGUGCAUUAUCAAGGGACGCGGGUGGCGCUGUGGGUUAAGCCACAGAGCCUAGGACUUGCCGAUCAGAAGGUUGGCGGUUCAAAUCCCGCGACAGGGUAAGCUCCUGUUGUUCGGUCCCUGCUCCUGCCAACCUAGCAGUUUGAAAGCACAAAAGUGCAAGUAGAUAAAUAGGUACCACUCCGGCGGGAAGGUAAAUGGUGUUUCCGUGCGCUGCUCUGGUUUGCCAGAAGCAGCUUAGUCAUGCUGGCCACAUGACCCAGAAGCUGUACGCCGGCUCCCUCGGCCAAUAAAGCGAGAUGAGCGCCGCAACCCCAGAGUCGGUCACGACUGGACCUAAUGGUCAGGGGUCCCUUUACCUUUAAGUGCAUUAUUAUACAAAUGAGUCACUAGAUGGCAAUGGUGAGCUAAUGGCAAAUUCAACAUAUAUUUUAAAACUUUCUUUUAAAAGAGCGUUUUCACAGUGCUUUUUUAUAUAUGUCUAGAUUCAGCCCAGGUAGCAUUGCCUGACUGGGUCAAAACAGGUUGCAUAAUUAGAAGCAUAGAAUUGUAGAGUUGGAGUUUGGUUGAUCUCUGUCUUGGUGCUUCUGUUUCCAGGUGCCUUCCUCAUACCUUACAUACUCUUCCUCGUCAUUGCUGGGAUGCCCUUAUUCUAUAUGGAACUAGCUUUGGGCCAAUAUAACAGAGAAGGGGCUGCCACCGUAUGGAAAAUCUGUCCACUUUUUAAAGGUAAAUCCCAGGCUUUCUGCUUAAUAUAUUUGCAAUAUCUUCUGGAGUUUCUUGAUAUUGAACACAUCUCCGAGGCUUGCAUUGAAAGUUUUUGGCAAGGCCAGAAUAGCUAACAUCUGUAUUUUGAGAGUCACUUGUCACUAAUGCCUUUAUUGCUCAUCAGCAAAAAAUAGACUUUAGGGCAGCCUUUAGUAACUUCCAGAUGUUUUGCGCUACAACUUCCAUCAGCCGCAAUCAGCAAUGGUGCACUGGCUGAGGCUGACAGGAGUUGUAUUCCCAAACAUCUGGAGGGCACCAAGUUGGUGAAGAUAGACACCAUUUUGCAUGACGAUAUACAGGAGAUUUUUUAAAAGGUUCCUCCAGGGAAAGUGUUAGCUAUUUGACAAGUCUAAAAAUAUCUGGGCAAAUGCUGAUGAACUAUCUCUGCCCAAAAGCAUCCACCUUAUUAACAACAAAAAGAUGCCGUGCUCAUCAACAGGUCUGCACAAAUCUCCAAAACAAACAAGUCUUUAAUAAAACUGUAGUGAAUUAUUAUAAGAAUGCUGGAUUAGACGGCACAUUGGUCUCAUCCAGGAGUCUCCUCUGUUCUUUUGCUGCCACCGUUGCAAAACUGCUAGCAAAAGUGAAAACAACAACAGGGGUGGAGUCUGGUGCAAACGCACCCUGAGCUAAGCCAAAAUUUGGUGCACCACCUCCGCAGCCCUCACGCAGUGCCAGGCUUUGGGAAGGAGGUGGGAGGCUCUGGCAGGAUCCUAGAGGCUUUCCUUCUCCUUCCCAAAGCUGGGACUAAGCUUUGUGAAGGAGGUGAGAGGACUCUAGGCCCCUGCCAGAGACCUCAGGCUUCUUUCCCAUAGCUGUGCAAGUGCUUCUAUCCACUCAGUACCCAGCACAGGGGAACUGGCCAGGCUGCCCUAAAACUGCCUCUGAUAAUAAUAAUAAUAAUAAUAAUAAUAAUAAUAAUAAUAAUAAUAAUUUACUUGUACCCCGCCCAUGGUUUCCCCAGCCACUCUUGGUGGCUUCCCACAAAGAUUAAAAAUACAUUAAAAUGUCACACAUUAAAAACUUCCCUGAACAGGGCUGCCUUCAGAUUUCUUCUAAAUGUCAGGUAGCUGUUUAUCUACCUGAAAGGGUAGGGAAUCAGGGUCAUUCCUCUUUCUGCCAUCUUUUCCCACCUGCCUCGUUUUUAAACUAGAACUUCCCCCAUGAGAAUUUUGUCUCACUGACUCACUCUCAGUUUUCUGUUUUUUUCACAACACCCCCAAGUUAGCAGUCUGGUGUUGCCUGCCUCACCUGAACAAUAGGAACAGCCAUGGUGGAUCUCUGUAUGUUGCCAUUUAAACUCUAGUACAUUUGGACCCAGAGUAAAAAUGUAGCCGUUGAUGAAAUGCUGGUAGUGGGAAAGCCUUGGACAGAGCUCAGUUCAAAGCUCUAGCUUUGGGUGCCAUGGGCUGCAACCUGCUCCAGAGCUCUCAUUUUCAUGGUUUUUCAUGAAUUUGAAUCUUUAGUGGUGAUGAUAAGCCAACAGUUUAUUCCUAAUUAGUUAAAAACAUUCCUAAUUGUGGGGGGGAGGGAGAGUGAGAAGUUGGCUAAUUUUAGUUUGCUGCACCUGGAAAGACCCUUUGGACCAGAAAGCAAACAGACAUUAAACACAACAGGCUAAUAUUAGAUAUAAAUGGCAGUGCUGUAAAAUCUGGGACUUGGUGGUAACGAUGUGAGCCUGCCGUGUUUGGCACCAGGAGCGUACCCUGCAAUCACUGUGGAAGUAUUCAUUCAAAUGUUGGGAUAAGAAGGCUGCCUUCAACCACUUGGGUGUCACCCAGCUGUUGUAAAUAGCAGGCUGUGUCCAGAUUUGCUUCUCAAAUUUACUCUAAUGACAUGCUAGAAUAAUAUACCCCACGGGUGCUAUUCUGGAUUUUCAGUUUGGGUUUACACUACUUUUAUACACAUUUUUGCUAGGAUUGACAAGCCAAUCAAUUAACCAGGCAGAUCAUCAGUUUACUGUUAAAUGUUGUCAAAUAUUCUAACAUACAGGUCACAGAUUACCUUUGCAAGAACCUUUUAAAAGUUGGCCGUUAUUGCUAUUUUAGCAUCUUUCACCUUUACAACAGCAUUUUUUCAAUAAAAAGGAUUAACUUUUUUUUAUUUUUUUUAAAAAGGUAAUAGAAUCGAAUUGUAGUGUUGGAAGGGAUCCCGAGGGUCAUCUAGUCACCUCCCGAAAUGCGGGAGUCUCAACUAAAUCAUACAUGACAGAUGGCCAUCCAGCGUCUGCUUAAGAACCUCCAAUGAAGGAGAGUCUGUCACCUGUCAAGGGAGUCAUGUUUUAAGUCUUCUUUUUUUUAAAAAAAGUUGCUAUUACUUUCUACUAUUGGAAUUUUUGUAUAUUUCAGUAGCUGGGCACCUUUGGGAGGAAAGCCAGAAAUAAUAAUAAUAAUAAGUGCAAAACAUGACCCUGCUAUAAAAACCCAAGUAAAGAACUAUGCCAGGAAUUAUUUGCAUUUACAGUUUACAAUAAUUCACUGCACUUUCCUUAAAAAGUUAAUUUAAAUGUUAUCACAAUAUGUUAGCUAUUUUUUUGUAAUUAGCAUAAAUAUUUGGGUUGCUUGUUUUAAUUAUGGUGAUUUCUCCCCUACCUUUCAAGUAAAAGGCUCUUGGUUUUCUGCUGUAGGUAUUUAAGCAGAGACUGGACAAGUCAUCUCUCAGGGAUGCUGCAGUUGCACCCUGCAUUGCAGAUCCUGCUUUGAGCAGAGGGCUGGACUUGAUUACUUUCAAGAUCCCUUCCAACUCAAUUUUUUAAUUAAAUUUGGCAUCCAUAUGGUCAGAAAUACAACAAAGCAGGGAAACACAAAGACUGUGCCUUGAUUGACCAGCCUAUGUACCCCACCCUGAAUGAAAGCCGAUCUAGCUUCCCAGCACCAAGCAAAUGCCUUGGUGUUAGAUUAUUAUUGUUAAUAAUAUUUGGCAAAUAGUUGGUUGGGGUGAUGAGCAAUGGCACCCUCUUCUAGCCCUCACUAGGAAGUUGAAUCUGAUGUGACUUAUAGCUUCAUGUGUAAUCUGGUUUUCCUUUGUCUUCAGGUGUAGGCUAUGCUGUGAUACUCAUAGCUCUAUACGUGGGUUUCUACUACAACGUUAUCAUAGCUUGGUCUCUGUAUUAUCUGUUUGCAUCCUUCACACUGGAGGAGCUUCCCUGGACGAAGUGUGGCAACCCCUGGAACAGCCCCAACUGCAUAGACCCCAAACUCAUCAAUGCCUCAACAUUUGCCGCUGGAACCACUUAUUCCAAGUACAAGAUAACUCCUGCAGCUGAAUUUUAUGAGUAAGUCUGGGGCUCCUUGUGGCUUUCACUUUUGGAAAACACUUUGCAGUUGCUCUGGGAUGUAUUUAAGGGCCUCUUCUGACAUCCCUUUAAAUAUGCAUCCAUGAUGAUUUGUGCUCGUGAUGGUUGUCACCAGUGCUUUUUUUCUAGAAAAAAUAGGUGCCAACAUGAAGUUGUUACAGUAAGUGUCACACUUUUUAACGACAACCCCCCCCCAAAGGUGCUGGUACUGCGUACCCUUGAGUACCCUGGAGAGAGCACUGGUCAUCACAAUAGUUAUACACAAUCUCACUUUUUUAUACACAAUCUCACUUUCAUUACCAUUUGAACCUGCUAAUAUUUGGGGUGGCCAAGCUGCUUCAUUUACAAUUGAUGCAUGCCCUGUAGCUUCCUGCUCAAACCCUGCAACUUUUUAUACCACAGUUGUCCUGGGUUUGUGCAUGUUCCCCACUUUUGUAGCUCAAGGCAACAAUAAUGGGCAAUCCAGCAUUAAAAAAAAAGGUAAAGGACCCCUGACAGUUAAGUCCAUUUGCGAACGACUCUGGGGUUGUAGCGCUCAUCUCACUUUACUGGCCAAGGAACCGGCAUUUGUCCGCAGACAGUUUUUCCGGGUCAUGUAGCCAGCAUGACUAAGCUGCUUCUGGUGAAACCAGAGCAGUGCAUGGAAAUGCUGUUUACCUUCCUGCCAGAGCGGUGCCUAUUUAUCUAUUUGCACUUUGACAUGCUUUCGAACUGCUAGGUUGGCAGGAGCUGGGACUGAACAAUGGGAGCUCACCCUGUUGCAGGGAUUCGAACUGCCGACCUUCCGAUCGGCAAGCCCUAGGCUCAGUGGUUUACACCACAGCGCUACCCGUAUCCAGCAUUACUCUACCACUAAAUGCACUCUUACUGCAUCAAUGACUUGUUGCCAACCUCUCCACUAAUCUGAAGGGAGCCUAAGUCAUGCCCCACCAAUCAUUUUUUGGCAUGGGGGCACAUGCGUAUUUUUGAGUGAGUAUUGUGGACACCACUGCCUCUAGCCACUUAUUUUUCCUCUGCCCCAGAUCAGCCACUUUUCCUGGGGACAAGAAGCAUGAUUGCACCUGCACACAAACUUUGCUUUCAAGAGAUCUUGAUAAAAGUUCUAUCUAACAGAAUUAACCCGAACCUUGAAAAACACAUAGAGAUGAAAGUGGAAGUGGGAAAGAGUGCCCUUCUUCCAUCCUCCUCCAUCUCCUCGAUCUACUUUUCAUGGGAGAAAAAAGUAACCAGGGGCCAAGUUAAACCCCUGAUAUCUCCUGGAAGGGCUGGAAGAGAACCCUAUCUGCAAUCUUUGAGAGCUGCUGCCAGUCAGUACUGAGCUAGAAGAACCAAUAGUUUGACUGAGUAUGAGUCAGCUUCCUGUGUCCCUUUGUUCCCCUGAACCCACUCAACAAUGGAAAUAAGUUUCCUGAGUCUGAAUGCUGUAUUCAGGAUGGAGCAAUUGACGAUUCAGAUCCUCAUGUAGACAUUGAUACCACUGUUUGUGGAUUGCUGCUGACACAUCUGUGGGACCUAGUGGAUGCUUCAGUUUCAUUAUCUUUGAGCCUCUUUCGGUCUGUGUUAUUAAAUGGCACAGAAUUCAUGAUUGUUAUUAGCCAAGGCACAAUGUAAAAUACUAAGUGGCUGUCUAUUGCAACACACACACACACACCCAUAGGUCUCUAUUAUUUGAUCUAGGCAGUAAUUAUGGCAGUGAAAGUGGUAAUAGACGUGUAGUGUUUUCUAUUAUUUCCUCUAUAGUUGUAUCAAAAAGAUAAUGCAAGAGAGAAGUCCGGAAAGUGGUGCUCCUUACUCAAGUUGGCCUCACAACACAGGGAUGGAGCAAUUUCCCUCUCAGCAAAGUUUAUUUGUUUAACAAUCUGUUUCACAUUGUAGUAUUAAUGUGUUUUCUUUUUAGAAGACAAACAAAUACAUUGACCAGUUUUAGAACCAUGGGAUCAUUUAUUACCUUUAAACCUUUAAGCAUUUCCCCUCAUUAUUUUCAUAAGCUUCAACAGGCAUAAUCAAAUGCCACAUAAUACUAAAAACAAAUAAUAAAAAUAAAAGCAGCUAUUUUCUCCCACCGUCUCUAAUCUAGCACCUUUCAGAUGUUACUGGACUACAACUUCCAUCUUCCCUGACUGUUGGCCAUGCUGGCUGGAGCUGAUGGGAGUUGGUGUCUGACAACAUCUGGAGGGUCAGAGGUCUAAUGAAUGUUCAUAAUGGUUUUGCCAUUAGUUGUUGUUGUUGUUGUUGUUGUUGUUGUUGUUGUUAUUAUUAUUAAUUAAAUUUAUAUACCGCCCUAUAUCUGAGGAUCACAGGGAGGUUUACAAUAUAACAACACAAGAAUACAUACUAUAGUAACACACAAUAACCCCUUCACAGAGUUUAAAAGGCCAUAGAUUGUUUAAUUAGCUGAAGGCCUUGGAGAAGUGGAAUGUUUUUGCCUCCUGCCUAAAGAUAUGAAAUGGAAUGAAGGCAUGAUCUAGGGCACAGGGGAAAUGGGGAAGGCUGUGCUGUAGAUAAAAACAACCAAGAACAGCUUUAUCAUUUUCUUCUUGCGAAUGUAACAUCCCACAUUAACCUUGGUUUGGUUUUUAUGUGUUUGUUUCAUGAGGUUCUGUUUUGUUAUUUGGGUUAUGUGGAUAAAAUUUAAUAAAAAUAUUUUUUAAAACCAGAAGUUUGGAGGGACACUUUUACAGUCUGAUUCACAGCUGUUAGGCUGUGCCCCUGAAUCCAUGUGCUGACAGAAACGACUUCGAAGUGGAAGCCUUCAUAUAUACAGCUGUGCAUACCAAAACUCACAUGCAAUUGGUCCAUGAAAACAUAGGAGGCAUCAUUAUACCUGGUCAGUUCAUUGGCAGCGGCUCUCCAGGGUUUCUCCAGGUGUCUCUCUCAUCUCUACCUUGAGAUGCACCUUCUGCAUGCCAAUCAGAUGUUCUACCACUGAGCUAUGUCCCUAAUCACUGUUCUAUAGAGACAGUUUUGAGAUAACUUCUGGGAUCUAUUUUUGAAAAAUGUGUCCCCAUUGCCUCUCUGUCCCAGCAUGCCUCUCAAUUUCCUUUGCCCAGCUUCAUUACUCUGAAAGCAAUUUGCUUCAGCAAUAUCUUAAGCUUGAAACAGCUGCAAGAGAGGGUUUGAACCUAUUAUUUUCCACAUGCAAAUUUGUGGGUGGUGAAAACUGGAAAAUUAUUUUGCUGAGUUUUCCCCCAGGAGAGGAGAAAAUCUCUGAACAAUAUCUAUAGAGAUAUGGUUUCUACGUCAUGUGUUUAAGAGUAGGGUGUUUGUUUUUUCUGGCUCCAUCUUAAAGACCAAGAUUGAAAAACAAAGUGGGCACAUCUCAUCAAGGCAUUUCACAUUCUUUUAAAUUCUGUUUCCUGUUUAGGCUUCAUGUCCUUUUAACAACGACAUAAAGAGUGGACUUUCAAUACAGCUCACAAAGGAAAAAUUGAAUCCACAAUAGAGGGCAAUCUAAGGGUCUUGGGUUUAGUUUGUAUCCCUAAUGACCAUAAUCUUUUUUUUCUUUUCUUUUUUGUCAGAGGUCUCUAAGGCUCCAUCUAUACCAUGUAUAUAAAACUGUAUCAUACUCCAUUAAACAGCCAUGCCCCCCCCGAGUCCUGGGAAAUGUAAUUUGCUAAGGCUGCUGAGAGUUGUAAUGAGACCCCUAUUUCCCCCCAGAGCACUACAAACUACACUUCCUAGGAUCCUAAGCCUCUAUUUGCCUCACCAAGCUACCAUUUCCAGAGUCCCCUGGCAAGAGGGAUUGACUGUUUAAAUCACUCUGAGUAUUGUAGCUCUGGGAGGGGAAAUGAGAUGUAUUUAUGGGAGAACAAAUGGUUCACUUUGCCCAGGGCAACAAAUUCAUGGGAGCAUUUGCAACACCACCGGGGGGGGGGGGGCAGGCUGAACUCUUAGCUUUCAUUUUCUUAAAGUUCUCUCCACUAUGAGAAAAGGAUGCUGGACUAGAUGGGCCAUGGGCCUGAUCCAAGAGGCUCAUUUUAGGGUCUUGGGCUUAGAGGGAUGAAUUUACCCUUCUGGGCCAGAGGUUCCACACCCCUACUCUAAAGCAAGAGUGUAUAUUCGGGGUACUUUCACAGCUAAGGCAAAUCCUGUGUAAAGUGACCCACUUGAGUAUGCAUUUUUGCUUAAGGACACAAGAAAUGCCUUGAUGGGGCAAAAAGAGAUCCACCUAGUCCAGCGUCCUUUGCAACAAUCCCUGAGUAAACUGCCAGAAAUUGAUUACUAGCUCACCGCUGAACAUGGCCUACAUCGUUGCUUAAGAGGAAUGACAAAAUAUGCCUGGGGGGUGCAGGAGGGCUCCCCCUCCAAUCCAGGACACCUAGAUGACCAGUCCUGACAUCAAACUGAGCUGUGUAUUACUUUCUAUUUGUUUUUACUUCUAUGUUUUUCAGACCCCUUGUUGAGACCUGAUCUUGACAAACAGUUCACUGUUUGUGUGUUCAGACCCAGAGACCGCCCCCCUAAAUAAACACACAUUUGACUCAAAUUUUAGUUUUGGUUUUUGGCAGAAUUUAGGCCACAACUUUAUUGAUCACAGAAAGUGAGUGGUUGCAUAGGCUCUGGUUCGACUAGUUCCCUGCACCCUUGUAGGUAGCUCUGACCCAGAGCUCUAUCAUAGGUCAGCCAAGGGUGAACACCUGAGGUAGGUGGAAAGCCUGGGAGCAGACUAUGUCCACUCCCCAGAUGCUCCCCUGGACUCAGGCAUGGGCACAACCCCCAAGAGGGGGUUGACCAUACCAAGUUGAGUCCCUGGAUUCCUUUAACAGAAUACACUUCACAUAGGGAUGGCGAGACUGUUCUCCCAUCCCUAUCACCUGACCCAGUGCCUAUCUGCAACCUUACAAGUUGUGACAAUUUGCUACGCGGCAAACAAAACCCAAAUGGCAACAGCCAAUCAGCUAAGUGGGGAAAAUUCCUGCCGUGCCCCUGUCCCAAUGACAGACAAUGCAUGACGGCAUAGCAAGGUCAAUUGCAAAAUACCUCAAAUAUAGGGAGAGGUGGGUGGGUGUUCAAAUGCACGAGCCGAAAGAGGAAGCUCUGGGUCAUGUGCAUAGGUAUAUAUAGGUCCCUCAAUCUGUUUAGACUGCACCCCAUUGGCCAAAUUAAACCCAGCAACGAGGGACCUACCAGUCGGGUGUUGUGGCUGUCCAAUUAACCCACCCACAACACAGGAGGUCAGUGUCCAGGUCUCACUACAACAUGUGCCCUCUUUUAGGGAGGACAUGCUUUGCUGAAACUAAGUCACACCACUUCAAAUAAGUGUGGAGCCAGUUAGUGAUUGUUUUUCCAUACAAAAGGAUCUAACUCAAUCCCUCUUCUGUCUCUUUUUGCUUAGGCGGAGAGUUCUACAGCUUCACCUAAGCCGGGGGAUUCAUGAUAUUGGCUUGCCCCAAUGGCAGCUCACACUGUGUCUCGUGGUUGUGGUGAUCACUGUUUUCUUCAGCCUGUGGAAAGGUGUGAAGACUUCAGGAAAGGUUGGCAAAUAUUUUCCUAAUACAUACAUUUUUUUCUUUAAAAAGGGCUUUUCUAUUAGGGUUUUGGUGGUUCAGAUGUAACAUCAAACCAUGGUUUGCACAGAACACUCUCUACUUUCAAGCCAUGCUUUGUGUUCCAGACAUAUAGGCACACAGUGGUUCAUGCAGCUUCCACCUUCCCUUCACCUUCUCUGAUGCUAUGCCAAGCAGUGGAGUACCCCCUAAACUGUGAGCCUGUCAUUAACUGGCUGGAUGCAGAGUUGUGGUGGGAGGCACCAGCUGGGGAACCCCCAAGGUCAGAAGCCCCAAAGGUAACAGGGUUGGUGAGCAGGAAGAGGUUAUGGCAGAGGGCAGCUCAGACUCUGAGGCAGAAGCGGAGGCUGGAGGAGAGUGGGGCCAGAAGACAGAGAGGCAGACUGCUGAAGAAGUAGGGAGUCUCCCCCUCCUGCUGUGGCCAGCUUCCCUUCCCCUGGGUCUCCUAGAACACAGAGAAAAAUGAAGAGAGUGGAGCACAAUUUGCAACUGCUUGGGAAAUACCUUGGAGAGGAGGAGCCUUAGGGAAGCCGGGACCAUCAAUCAGUUCCUGCAUUUGCCUUGUUGGAACAAAACCUACUGGGAAGAGUUGCUGUUAUGGUUUCUGGAAUAAAGAGUUAACUUCACUGACUCUGGGUUGAUAGCUGACCCACAUUUGACUCUAGCUCCUGACAGCCUCAACCCAUCUAAGACUGACCUUACCCCACUCACGACACUUUUGUAUUGACUCAAUUAAGUUUCAGCUUCUUUGUCCCCAUCAUCCAUUCCAAAUUACCAAGGCUAUAUCCAGAUACCUGUUCAGACUUCCAUUGCCUCCCUUGAUUAGGUGCCAGAGACUGAACAUGGUUUGAUUGAGGUUUGUUUUAUGUAACCGCAGUUAGAUCAAGCCACGAUUUUCUGCAUUUAGACUUAAUGGCAAAUUCUGCUUAGUUCAGUCUCUCUUUAUACAUGAAAAGCAGAAGGGAGAAAGGAAUGGGGAGCAAGACAACCUUGUUCUGAUGUAUUUUUUGCUCUAGGAGGUUUAGUUUGGCCAGAAUCAAAUAUUCACUCCCAGAGUUGGUGCUAAAUACUGCUACGUGAGCCACCAUAGCCACUAGAAGGCCAUGAAAAUUUGUGCCCCGGGCUUUUAAGACUCGUCUACCCAUGUAUUAUCUGAAACCAAAGGGGCACAUUGGUUGCCAGAUGUGAAUCCCCCCCAGCUCUCCUACCCCACUAUACUGAAAUGGAAAGAUGCUGUUCAAAUGGUUGGUUGCAUUUCUUUUUUAACAACGAAAAAAGCAGUCAAAGAGAGAGGAGCAUCUCCACCCCCAUCGUUCAGCCAGGACACUGAGGUCCAGCUCCCAAAGGCCUUCUGGCGGUUCCCUCCCUGCGAGAAGUGAGGUUACAGGGAACCAGGCAGAGGGCCUUCUCGGUAGUGGCAUCCAUCCCUUGGAAUGCCCUUCCAUCAGAUGCCAAGGAAAUAAACAACUAUCUGACUUUUAGAAAACAUCUGAAGGCAGCCCUGUUUAUGGAAGUUUUGUUGUGCUUUUAGUAUUCUGUUGGGAGCCACCCAGAGUGGCUGGGGAGGCCCGGCCAGAUGGGUGGUGUAUAAGUAAUAAAUUGUUGUUGUUGUUGUUGUUGUUGCUGCUGCUGCAGUAGUAAUGCUGUCUUUGCCAUUCAAGAGACAGAUCAAUAUUUUUUGUUGCUUGUCUUAACUUAAUAGGUUGUAUGGAUAACAGCCACAUUGCCUUACGUUGUUUUAUCCGUACUGUUAAUCCAUGGACUGACAUUGCCUGGUGCGUAUGAUGGAAUCAAAGCAUACCUCAACAUUGACUUUAGAAGAUUAAAAGAAGCCACAGUGAGUGCUUUGUUUCAACCUUCGCAUUUACCAUUGAAAAGGAGAUUACAGUAACAAACCAAGUUUGUUCAUUCACAUGCAGUUUCAUUGGAUAGAGAGAUGUUUUUAUGCCUCUUUCAUAAUAAUAGAACACUUGGACAUCCAACAAGGCUGAAUGUUGACAGAUGGAGGUCUGGUUAAAUAAAGCACCUCUUUAUAUAUUGCAUGGUUAAGCAAUGGAACUCACCCUCCCGCCCACAGGAGGCAGUGAUGACCACCAACUUGGAUGGAUUUAAAAGAGGAUUGGACAAGUUCGUGGAUAAAGAUAUCAGUGGCUAGCAGCCAUUAUGGUUAUGGACCAAGGUAGUAAUGCUUCUGAACAUCAGUUGCUAGAAAUCACACGUGGGGAGAGCGCUCUUGUGCUUGGGAUCUGCUGGUCAGUUUCUCAGAGGCAUCCAGGUGGCCAGUGUGAGAAGAGGAUGCUGAACUAGAUGAGUCAUUAGCCUGACCCAGCAGGCUCUUCUUAUCUUCUUAAUUAACAACAACAAAAUUCAGUACACCGUGCUGUAUUAAGAGCUUUCCAUGUGCACUCAUGCUUAGAGAUGCUAGGGAAUUGCAUCUGUUAAGGGUCAUGUACUUAACAGAUGUGUUAUUUAGGUAAUUCAAGAUGAACCUCUGCCUUUUAGAACUGGGUGGCUGUCAGUGACAAAGUGGUGGACCUAAGUCACAGCUUUGUCUAUUUGCUGUUCAUUUCCAGGCCCAAUUCAAGCUGCUUCAUGUUGCUAUUCUCUGGGGUUAUCCCAUAUCUUCUCAAAGGUACCUGAUACUGAACAAUGAAUCCCUGCGUCUGGAAUGCCUACAGCAGGAAGUUGUAACCUCAUUGGCUCCCCAGCAUUGAAUGAAUUGCUGUCCUGCAGACAUCUAGUGUCUCUUUCACAAAAGGAGCAGCAGUAGCUACCCAGUGAAAUCUGAGAUGCCAGGAAGAGUGUGUCUCCCUUCUUCAUUGUUCUCUGUGAAGAGCUUCCUGCAAAUACUUUAGUGUUUGUGGGUACCCUGGUUGUUUUUCUCUUCCUCAGACUAUAAAUCUGCCUAUGAUUGUUUGCCAGCAAGAAUCAUGCAUUACCACAAUGGCGUAGUAAUGCUUGCAAUGACGCAAUGCUAAAGCUUAGAAGAAGAGACUGGCUGGCACCUCUUGGGAAAAUAUUUAGGAAACUUGAAGUAGUUUUGGGUAAACAGUUCUGCGUAGUACUAGUGCUGUUGAAGUCAACAUAUAGCACAAAUGUAGAUUGCAGCCUGCAGCUGUGGUGUACUUGGAAUUAAAGCAAAAACAACAGUUGGAUUUAUUUUUAAAUGCAUAUGGCAUGUGUCAGAGGUGAGAAAUAAAAGAGUUUUAAGCUUAAACCAUGCAGGAAGUAAAUUUAUUGGUGUGGGGGGAAUGGAAGGUCAGGGAACGGUUAUGGUGGAACAAAUUAUCUGAAUUAGAUGUGGCUUAAGGUUGAAUCAGAUGUAAUAUCUGCCCAUUGGAAUGACUUUUUUUAAAAAGUACAGUUUGAAUGGUGCCUACCUUCAUAAAGACUGACAUGUACAUAUAACAUGGGCCCUAGGUUGGCAUACCUGUGGGCCUCUGAAUGUUGUUGGACUCCAGCUCACAUCAGCUCCAGCCACCAUGGCUAAUGGUCAGGGAAGAUGGGAGCUGUAGUCAAGCAACCUCUGGAGAGAUACAUUUUCCUUUCCCCUCACCUAGGGCAAAGUAAUUGCUAGGUGUCAACCAGUAAAAAUAAGAGCAUAAGAAGAGCCUGCUGGAUCGGGUCAAAGGUCCAUCUAACCAUUAGAUCCUAUUCUCUCCCUCAAGCAGGACCUGAGCACAAGAGCACUCUCCCCUGUUGUGGUUUCUAGUAUCUGAUAUUGAAAGGCAUUUGCUGCCUGGAGGCAAAGCUAGUAGCCAUUGAUAGCCUUUUCCUCAAUGAAUUGUCUAAUCCUCACUGGCCCUCACUGCCUCCUGUGGGAGGGAGUUCCAUUGUCCCAUAACUGUGUGCUGUGUGAAGAAGUUAUUUCAUCUACUGAUCAACAUUCAGCUUCAUUGGAUGUCCGUGACUUCUCUCGUGUUGUGAUUGUUUUGUAUUACUCAAUCUGCCUGAGUCCAGCGAUCCUCUGCUUGAAUUCUGUGUCACAUAUCCCCAGUCCUAUAGCAUUUUUAUUGGUUACCUGUUUGUUUCCAGGUUCAGUUGUGAGUGCUGGUGCCAACUUUCCCAUCCAUUAAUGGCCUUCAUUGACCUGGUGCCCUCCAGACGUUUUCUAUGCCAGCUCCCAUCAGCCCCAGCCAGCACAGGGGAGUUUUCAUCCAAAUUGUCUGGAGGGCACAGUGUCUCCUAGUACAAAGGUACAUUAAGGACCAUCUUCUCCCCCACUCAAACAUGUCUAAACCUUAAGGGUGGUUUUGAGGACCAGGGGCUACCUAAUCUGCACUUUCCAAUGCAAUACACAAACCUGAACACAGCUGCUAUUUUAAAUAACGUGCUUCUCCGAAUUUUGUAAUGCAGUUGUCCAGCCAAGUAAUGCGUACAAAAUGCAUAUGCUGGGGGCAAAGUGUUCACAAAAAUUCAUCUGUUAGUGGCAGAAAUCACCCCGUUUGUAAUUUAGGCAAAUGCAUACAAGCAUAUGCAUAUUAGAAAAAAAUUGCACCAAAAUGCCAAUGAAUUUUCAUGAGGACUUCUUUUUUUAAAAAAAUCAUAAUCAUUAGCAAAGUGAUUUGGAAGUGAACACUGGAAAAAUGAGAAAUGGAGAAGAACUGAGACUGACAGAUUUGCCUCUCAGUCUGUCCUCAGGAGCCCAGUUUUCCUCCUCUGCUUCAUGCUACAGAUGUGCCUGUCCCCUGUCCUUGAAAUACUAAAGUAGGACAACUGGGCUCAAAUUCUUGCUCACCUGUGCUUUCUGGAUUUCAGCAGAGCUUUCCCCCAUUUCUUAGCUUUCAAUCCAUGAACUGGAUCCCCCCCCAAACAAAUUAUAUAACUGAAAAUACAGUUGUUGUUGUUGUCGUUGCUGUUGCUGUUCAAUUUUGCUAUAAUCCACAAACUACCUUCCUCUGUUCUGCUUAUGCAGGUAUGGAUUGAUGCAGCCACACAAAUAUUUUACUCCUUAGGGGCUGGGUUUGGGGUCUUAAUUGCCUUCGCCAGCUACAAUAGAUUUGACAACAACUGCUACAGGUAAGCCACAAUGCUAUAAAACAACUCAUGUCCCUGUAAUCAAUUUUAUUUGCUUAAAUAGAUGAGGAAUACAUAUUUUUGUUUGUUUGACAAUUUUAUUUUCAUUUAAGUGUGUAUGUUCUUAAUAAUAAUGUGCAGAGUCAGUCUACCUUUACAUUCCACAAACUGGGGAAAUCAGCAGGAAAAGGUCAAAACAAGGCCUUGGCUUGUGAGCUUCCUAGAGUUAUGUGGCUCAGUGGUAGAAUGCCUGCUUUGCAUGCAGAAGCUCUAAGGGCCAAGCCUGGCAUCUCCAGGUAGGGCUGGGAGAGACCUCUGCUCGAAACCCUGGUGAGCCACACCAGUCAGUGAAGACAAUGCUAAGCUAGAUGGACCAAAGGUCUGACUCAGUAUUAGUCAGCUUCCUAUGUUUGCAUGCAUGUCUGUACAGUGCUGUCAUUGUUCUGGAAAGAAGGUAUUCAUUCCUGACGUUACUGAACUUAAGAACCAUACUGGACCCAGCUAGUCCAAUAUCUCGUUUCCUACACCAGCCAAUAAAAAGCCUAUGCAAAGUCCAAAAGAGCAACCACUUUCUCCUAAUGUUCUUCCCUAGUGACUAGUUUUGUAGGGGCAUGCAGUCUCUCAUUCUGGAAGGUAUUACAUCACUCAGAGACAGGAAACCUGUUAAAAGAUUAGCAGGGUUGAGUAAAUAUCAAGAUCUUUGUGUGGCAUCUAAGCCCCCAUUCCGUGACCAAUAAGCACAUGACGCCUUUGCCCGGCGUCGCUGUGGCCCAUAGAUUUGCAGCAAAAUACUGGGCAAGUUUUCUUCUCUGUGUGAUGGGCUCAUGGGAAAAAGCUGGCCCAUGAGCCCUUGCUGCAGAGGGGAGGAGAAAGCCUAUAUAAGGCUGCUUCCCCUGGAUCUCACAGCCAUUUUGCUUUGACAGCAUCUCGCCUAUCCUCGGGUUAGAGCCUUCACUAAGCAAAUUUGGGUCAUUGGUUGACAGGGCCAGAAAUGAUUUUCUUUUCUCUCAACCUGAUUGGCACUUCGUUGGGGUUUUUGGACCAGUGUGUCUGUUCCACUGAAGUAACAGUACCUGUCUCUUCUAAGCCACAAUGGCUACACACAAUUGGAGGCAGUUACGCUUCUGAAUAGCAGUUGCUGGAAACCGCAGGACAGGAGAGGGCUCUUGUGCUCGGGUCCUGCUUGUGCAUUUCUCACAGGCAUCUGGUUGGUGACUCUGAGAACAGGAUGCUGGACUAGAUGGGCCAUUGGCCUGAUCCACCAGACUCUUCAUGUUCCGUGAAAUUCACAAUGCUGCAAUGAAGCAAAUAGUGGCUUUGGCAGUCUGCUAUUUUGUUUGUUUCAGAUUUGAACUGGGCUUUAGAUUUCCAAGUAAGAUAUUCCACUGUGACAAUGAAUGGGCAUCAUCUUGCAGCAGAAGCAACACCUGCAAUCACAUGCAGUUAUCCAAAUGACAACCAUCUGCCUUUUUUUUUGCAAUUACCGGUAGAUUAACCAAUCACUAGGAAGCAUGCCUUUAAAAUGAGAGAGAGAACCGUUUCCUGCAUAAUUGCUUUUAUCCUGUAAUCUGAGUAUAUUUGCCAUGAAACAUCUAAAAUAGAGUGGGGAUGCCACCCCACGCUGGAUAAGAACUGCUUGAGGCGAUAGUCACUAUUGCAUUACAUUCUUCAAAGAUUAAUAAUCCUGUCUUCCGCUCUUUGGCUCAUAUCAUUCACUCUCUUCCAUAUAUAUAGCCUUUAGAAUUGAUGCAGGGAAAGUGGUCCCCAGAUGGGCUCCAACUUCCAUCAGCCCCAGCCACAAUAGGCAAUGGUUAGGGGUGAUGAGAGUUGUGGUCCAACAACAUCUGGUGGGCCACAGGUUUGCCACCUCCUUCUGUUUCCUUUGGAAUCAUUAAACUCUACAAGUCUGGCAUAUAUAUAUAUAUACACACACACACACACACACACACACACACACACACACAUCUAUAUAUCUCCAGUGGCCUCCUUGAAAGUGAGGAAAGCACUCUACCCAUGAGCUUUUCACAAAGGUUUCCGUACAUUUUCAGUAUAGCACUACUGAGUGAUUUUUGAGGCUGAGUAGGAAUUUGAACGCAUGUCACCUGGCUCAUCGUCUUAACACUUUAACCACUAUGCCGAAGUAGUGUGGAGAUCUCUUGAGAUUUCUUUUCACUCGGACAAGGCCCAUUGACUCUACCUGAGCCUUCUCUUCCUGACACUCGGAGUAGUAACACACUGACACCAGUCCACUCAAAAUUGCAAUCUACCACACGAUGUCACCUCGAAACAGAUGCUUUGGGCAGCAGAAUUUGAUGAUAUUGGUGUAAAUUGAUGCUGGGUGGUGGCCUUAAAAAACAGUAGUCAAAUUGUAUACAGUACUUAAAAUUUGUGCUUAGCUCUACUAAAAUGACAUUGCAUGAGGUUCUUAACUGGGUUUGGUACUGGGAUCUGCUUGCUGCCUUUUCAUCAUCUCCUGAUUUCUCCUAGGGAUGCACUGAUGACCAGUACAAUCAAUUGUGUCACUAGCUUCAUCUCUGGAUUUGCCAUUUUUUCUAUACUGGGCUACAUGGCACACGUAUACAAAGUCAAAAUUCAAGAUGUGGCCACCGAAGGUAAGAAUGCAUCCGCACACUUUCCUCGUUUCAAACUACAUAAACCUAUGCACCUCUCCUUUUUGGUUGAAAAUGCCACAUGACAGGAUACAGCCAAUGAAUCUGAAUGUUGCAGAAUUCAGGACAGAUAAAUGACUCAUCUACACAGUUUUAAAUGUGUUGUAAAGUGCAGCAUACAAGCGUGACACUAGAUGGCAACAGUGGGCUAUGCAAAAUUCAAUGUAUUAUUCAAAACAUUUUUUAAAAAAGCAUUUUCACAGCAUUUUUUAUAUGUGUAUAGAUUCUACCAAAGAAAGCCCUUCUUCACACAGUGCAUGGUUAAUCUAUGGAACUCACUCUCAUAGAAGGCAGUGAUGGCCACCAACUUGAAUGGCUUUAGAAUUAGGAUUAAACAUGGAAGAGAAGGCUAUCAAUGGCCGCUAGCCAUCAUGGCUAUGCUCUACCUCCAUGGCUGGAGGCAGCAGUGUUACUGAAUAAUAGUUUCUAGAGACUACAGGAUGGGAUAGUGCUACUUGUGCUAGGGUUUUGCUUGCGAAUUUCCCACAGGCAUUUGGGUGGCCACAUUGAGAACCGGAUGCUGGACUAGAUGGGCCAUUGGCUUCAACUAGCAGGCUCUUCUUGUGUUUUUAAAUGCGCUACCAGCAGUACCACAUUGGGUCCAUUACUGUGUUUACACCACAGUGACCACACUGCCACCUCACUCCUCCUCCUCUCUCUCUUGGUAAGUGACAGUGACCCACCUACCCAGAAAAUAUAGCAAUGGUAUACUGUUAUACAGUAUGUAUAGUCUGGUAAGCCUGCUGGUUGAAAGAAUAAAGUAUUGUAAGGUUUAUUACUGCAGGCAAAGAAAGCCAUUCUGAGUACAAGAUUGCAUGUGGAGUCAUGUGGUUCGCAAAAAAAGGUCUAACACUAACUAACUGGAGGAAGAAGAGGAGGAAGGAAGCAAAGCCUGAGAAUAAAUGAUCUACAGAUAGUUACUUGUAGGCAACUUAUUCUUCCCUCAUCGAUUCCAUCUUGCCUUUCUGUUUAUUCUACCCCCCACAACUGGUUCCGGUAACCAGCUUCGCUCCCAACAAGAAGCACAUAUCUAGGCUCCAAAGUACAAUUUCUGGCUAAUGUUUGUGUGUUCCCUCUGGGAUUUAUUUCCCUGGUCUAUAUGCAAUGUCUGUCUAUUUGUGCUGUUGACAAAGCCACUUCUGCACCACCUUGAAGCAGUACUUUUCUCCUUUUUCUCCUCUCGAUUUUCACUUCUGGCCUAUGUGCCUCUCUCAGUCUUCUGAGUUGCAUGCUGUGAAAUGAAUGUGGUCUAAUCCUGCAGAACUGGAAAGGUUUCUCUGUCUCAUAAAUGUUUUAAGAAAAGACUGGUUAUUUUCAAGGCUUGUUUCCUUAUUCAUUUUAUAGGGAAUAAUAUUUUAUUGUAUCACUUGAUGUUCUUAUGCCAGGUGACAGUGUUGCUACCUAUAACAAACAUGAAAACAGCCAAUCUUUUCUUAACACAUUUUGGGCCCAAAGCAGAAGCCUUUCCAGGCAGGAUUAGGCCACAUACAUUAUGUUGCAAGCUGUGCAAGCAGCACUAUAGUGACACCUUCUGACAUAUUACAAGCAUUACAAUGCAGCAUAUAUAACUUUUAAGCCAAGGGUUGGGUGGGGGUAGGAAGGGAAGCAACUGAAUUAGAGACAAUAUUAAAGAAGGCUCUCUAACCAAGGCAUAACCAACCAAUAUUAAAUAUAAAUAUAAAAUCUUGCCUUAAAGUUGUGCAAUUAGGAAACUAUUUUUCUUUCCUUCUUCUUCAGGAGCUGGAUUAGUUUUCAUCAUUUAUCCAGAAGCUAUUUCAACCCUUAAAGGAUCAACUUUUUGGGCAAUAGUGUUUUUCAUAAUGCUGCUUUCACUGGGUAUUGACAGUUCUGUAAGUAUAUGUUAUUUUUCAUUUGCAACAUUCUUUAUUCACACACAUAUAUGAAUGGCACUCCCAUGCUGCUGCUCCAUUUAUGUAAGAGGUCCCACAGCAGAGAUCAUUCAGUUUUUAGCUUAAGGGUUAAUUCUGUUAUCAGUAAGCCAGGCCAACCAAGAUGGUGGUGGAGGUGUUGCUUAGCCAGCAAGCAGAGCAGCAUGAAGUUGCUGAGUUAGCACACUCUCUGGUUGAUUAUGUAGUUCUGGGGGAGCUUUCCUCUGUGUGGUUAGUUGAAUAUCUCUCUGGCAUGUACAAGGCCUGAAAUAAGAAAGAUAAAACCCCUAUGUUCUUUUCUCAAAUCACACACUGUUUUGGUUUAGCUGCCUCAGAAAAGUUUUACUAGGAUUUCAUUUCUAUCUGGAUUCAGGAUGUGUUUAUGGCUUGUGCUUGAACAAUAAUAGUUAAAUGAAUCUCAGUCAUUUCAUCAUGGAUUUCAGUGACCUAAAUGUAAUUUCACAAUCAGAUCCCUCAACGUCUGUUACCAUAUUAAGAGAGCUUUAGAGAAGGGGAACCAGUGGCAUGGGGGAACUUUCAUAAGUGUCUGUCUUUACUUUCUUUAACUGGGAUUAAGUGGCUUGCUGAAACUUCAGACUUGCCCCAUACAUUCAGAGCACUCUGACUGCACUCAGUCCUUCUUGUUCUUGAUGCUGGAGUGGCAUCAAGAUUUCUAUAUUUAAAUCAAGAGUGAGUUCACUUCUGGGAAAAACAAACAGAGCCUUCAAACUACAGUAGGGUGACUGACUGACUGUGAUGCUCAGGUGUGCCGUUCCAUCACCUUCAAGGGGAAUAAAAGCUUGAAAGACACCAGUCAUUUAUCAGGAGGAAGCAAGAGACCCAAUGUAUGUCAGCAUAAGGUAGAAGCCGGAAGUUGUGUUGGAGCCCGUGCUGUGGGUGCUGUGCACCCACCCCCCAAAAUUAUGGGUGUCCGGGCCCCCAAGGCCCCCUAUAGUUGGCACCUGUGCUCCCCUCAUUAGGUUUCCAGCAACUAGUAAUCAGAAGCAUUACCGCAUCUGACUGUAGAAGUAGAGCAGGCAUAGGCAAACUCGGCUCUCCAGAUGUUUUGGGACCUACAGUUCCCAUCAUCCCUGACCACUGGUCCUGUUAGCUAGGGAUCAUGGGAGUUGUAGUCCCAAAACAUCUGGAGGGCCAAGCUUGCCUGUGCCUGAAGUAGAGCAUAGCCAUUGUGGCUAGCCUUCUCCUUCAUGAAUUUGUCCAACCCUAUUUUAAAGGCAUUCAAGUUGGUUGCUAUCACAGUGCCCCUCCCCCACGGUAGGGAGUGCCAUACUUUAAUUACUGUAUGUAUAAAUAAAUUUAUUAUUAUUAUUAUUAUUAUUAUUAUUAUUAUAUGUGCUGCAUGGAGAAGUAGUUUUGUUUACAUGUCCAAAAUCAUUCCUAUGAGGAGAUGUUGGCUAUAGAGAGUGGUUGCUGUUGUUCCCUCUCAUUUUACUAGCUCUUGGAUCAUGAUGAAACUAAUUGGUAAUAGGUUCAAGACAGGCCCCCUCCCCCCAAAAAAAGGAAAAAAGGAAAAACUUGCACAACAGAUAAUUGACUUGCGAAAUUCAAUCACACAGGAUGUGGCAUUUGGUCAUACACUUAAUAGGUUUUCUUAGCGAGGGUUAGUUAAAUUCAUGAAGGAUUGGUCUGUCCAUUGUCAUUAGAUGUCAUAUGGAACCUCUCAUGUCUGGAUACAAGAUAUCUUUGAUUACCAGAUGUUUGUGGCAAACAGCAGAAAAGAGCCAUCUCCUAUUUUGCUCAUCUGAUGAGCUUCCCUUGCCCAAUUUGACUCUCAAGGUGGCUCCAGAGUUAGAGAAAGAAGCCAGAUUUGGUGGAUCUUGGAUCAUGGAAAGCUGCCUUAUACUGAGUCAGAUCAUUAAUCUAUCUAUUUCAGUAUUGUCUAUACUGAUUCACAGUGACUCUGCAGGGUUCUUGGAGCUGUAGUUUCUUAAGGGUGCUAAUAGUUGUUAGACGACCCCUAUUCCCCUGCGAGAGCUACAAUUUCAGAAUGGUUUAACAAUCAAUUCCUUUUCACAGAGAACUCUGGGAAUCUUACUCAGAGUAGACCCACUGAAACAAAUGAUUCUAAGUUAGCCAUGCCCAUUUACUUCUAGGUCUACUCUGCAUAGGACUUGCAUUGGAUACCACCCAUGGAGUAAUUAAUUUGUACCAGUUUUUUUUAUAAAAAAAUAGGACAAGGUUAAAUGAUAAAGCAUUUUUGCUAACCUGCAAUUUUCUUUUUUUUAUUUCCUUUUUCUUUUUAGAUGGGUGGCAUGGAAGCUGUCAUCACCGGCUUAGCAGAUGAUUUCCACAUCCUAAAAAGACACAGAAAACUUUUCACAUUUGGGGUCUCCUUUGGCACCUUCCUCGUUGCUCUCUUUUGCAUAACAAAUGUAAGUGUCCCUUUGGGAAGUCUGUGCCUAUUCUUGGGCAACAACUCAAGUGGAUAGCUGCCAAUCCUUCCAUCAAAUUUUGUGUCGGGGAGUUAAGUUGACGAUUUGGCACAAAGGCCAGAAACUGCUGCCGACCCAAUACAUAGAUGAUAGAGAAAAUCCUGUUAUCUUAUGCUCCAGUGAGAGAUUCAAAUUACAGAAUUAAAAAUUAGUAAUGUAUUUAUUGCAUUUAUAUCCCCCUCUCCCCCACUCCCGGAGUUCAAGUUGAUGUUCUUUACUUAUCAUUCCCCAUGACAGAACUGUUUCUUUUAAAUCUUUCUCUUCCUACUUUUACUCUGCAUGAUUGGCCAAUAGCCUCCAGGAUGAUAACACAAUGGUCUGUCCAUCACAGACACCAGGUUAGGAAAAAAAACUGGUCUGUAUUGAGUCAGACUCUCCUAGGACUGAAAUAGAUUGGUUACAUGGGUUGUCAAGCAAAUUAGAUCCCAUCCAAUCAGAGCUUUGAGUGUUCGAGUAUUUCUGGGCUGCUUGUUUUAUUGGAUGCUUUCUUCUUGUUACUUAGGGUGGAAUCUACAUACUGACUCUGUUGGACACAUUUGCUGCUGGGACAUCCAUCUUGUUUGCUGUUUUAAUAGAAGCCAUUGGCGUCUCCUGGUUUUAUGGUGAGCCAGCGGUGGGGGAGGAUUGUUCCAAUUGUUUAUGACCGCAACCAGUCAGAGUAAACUGCAGUGUUUCCCCCCAAAGUAAUUGCUACAGUAACAUCAUAGUAGUUUAGAGAAAGGGAAUGUAGAUGAACAAGAAUCAAAGAAGAAGAGACAAAGGGGCUAUCUAGACCAGCAUUCUUUUUCCACUGGGGCCAACCAAAUUCCUAUGAGAAGCCCAAAGCAGGGCAUGAAUGCUGUAGCCGUCUCCUGCAGAUGAACCUCAGCAAGUAUGUGCUGGGUGAAGAAGUCCUUCCUUUUGCCUGUCCUGAAUCUCCCACCAUUCAGCUUCAUUGAAUGGCUCGGGUUCCAGUAUUACGGGGGGGGGGGGGGGGUCUACAUCCUAAUUAAAAACACAUCUCAUGAAAAUUUGUCAGAAAUUUAGUGAAGAUUUCUCCUGAUCAUCAUACUUUUUGUGCGCAGUUUUGACUAAUGUGCAUAUUUCGCCCGCUGUUUUCCCUAACAUAAUGUGUUUCUGUAUGUUGCUUUCAGUUGCUGAUUUUUAUGCACAUUUCACCUCUGACAUAUGCAUUUUGGAAAACGCUGUUUGAUUGGAAAACUAAACUGAAAAAUUCUAAGAAGUGCAAACUUCGAGAGACAGCUGUGUUUCAGUUCUCAUACAGUUUUGAAAAGUGCAUGUUAAGGAGGUUCACUAUUAAAUGCAAGCUGAAUUGAAUUUCUCCUCCAUCCCUAGCUCUGGAAUGUAUGACAUCAGGCUGCAGCUCAUGGGAUCAGUGUGACUGCCUAUUGAACAAAAGUCUCCAUUCCCAUAUACUAGAAUAUGCACGUGAAAGGCAUGUUAUGGCCUUUCUCCUCAACAUCUAGUUUUCAAUAGGCUGUUUUUUCAUAUGCAUUUUAUGUUAUAUACAAAUCAAUAUAAUAUUGUGAGCCUCCCAUCAGCCUUAUGCAAUAGUCCAGUCCAAACGGAGGUGUUUCUUUUUUCUUUGACGUCUUCAUCUGCUGUCUAUCAGACAGAGACCAAAACAUCAGGUCAAAGACUCCCUUUAUUUACACACUCAGCUCAGCUUUUUGAGAUUAGUUGCAAUUCAACAUCAGAGAACAGAGCUUUGCCCUCUGAUGCUUUCUGUAUGUCAAAUAGCCAAAGGACAUAAACACAGACCAGUGGAGUAAAUGAGACACAGAGAGAUUAAUUUCCCCCCUCUUUCCCACUGUGUAGACGAUCAUAACACUGCCAGCCAGCCAGAUGUCUCUCCUCCUUCUCCUGCAAAUGAAAAUGAAUGCGUUUAGAUAACCUGGGCUUGAAAAGCUUGCUGAGGCUGUAUUUAUUAUAACAGCUCUUUAGAGAGUUUACUAAACACAGCAGGGCAACCUGGGGGGAAAUGGCUUUUUAAUCAUACAUGCGCCUGCCAAGAGGUAAGAGCGAGGAAGCUUCUGACCGACUACUACCUUGAAGGCUGGGAGCACGGCGUUAAUUAUGCCCUCAAUUACAUUGUUCCCAUCAUGUUGUAUAAAUGCAUGUGAUUGCAGGGCAGCUCAAGCUCUGCUAGGACAGCGUUCCUUGGGGAGAGGGUUGGAUAGUUAAACCGCAGUCAGUCCCUCUUCCCAAGAAUCUCUGGGGAUUGUAGCAAGCUGCAAGCAGAGUAAGGCUCUCCUGACAACUCUCAGUACCCUUAACAAACUACAGUCUCCAGGAGUAUUUGGAGGAAGCCAUGGCUGUUAAAGUGGAAUCAUAUGCUUUAAAUGUAAUGUGCCUAAGACUGGAUCCCUCUUUCUUUCUUUCUUUCUUUCUUUCUUUCUUUCUUUCUUUCGAGUGGGGAACCUAGUACCUUCGACAAGUUGUUGCAUGACAAUUCCCUUCAGUCCCAAUGGUCAGAGAUAGAAAGUUAUAGAAUCAUAGUGUCUGAAGGGAGCCCGAGGAUCAUCUUGUCCAACCUCCUGCAAUUCAUGGGAGCAAAGAUCCAACAACAUCUGGAGGAUUUCCUCUUCCCUAUCCCUGUUUAAAAAGGUUUGCAUCAGUGGAGGUGCUCCCUAGCCUAGUCUGAGCCACGAGACCCUUCCCCGCCUUUUUGCUAAAUUUCUUUUCUUCAUUGGUCUCUCAAAAUUAUCUCCCAUUCUGUUGAAACAGGAGGUCCGGAACUGAGAACUCUCCACAUUAUUGCCGUCACGGAAUUAAGUCCACCCCCACACCACCACCCUUCCUUUUUUCUCUGGUCAUAGCCAGGUGUCUUCUUAAAUGGUUUUCUUAUGAACUUUCCUCCCUUUGUUCUUACCAUUCCUUUCCCUCAUCAAACGCCUCUGCCUGGUCACACACAUUCUCAUCUUUCAGUUCUUCUGCCAAAGACCUCCUAAGUGCUUUGGCAACUCCAAAAGCGCAUUGAGGACACAAUCAUCCAAACAAGAUGAUGCGGGUUGUUGCAUACUCCCUCACCCCUUUCCCCAUCUGCAUUAAAAGGCCUGUAACCAGGUUCAUGGAACUAAUUCUUCAUGCACCAUAUCAUUUCAAACUGUCCCUAUAAAAAGCUUGACUUUAAUCAACACCUUCCAUAGAGAUUGCAUUUCUUCUUCAUCUCUUUGACUCACUUGUUAAUCCUCCAGAUUCUUUCCUCUUUGAUUCAGCUGUCUCCUCUUCAGUAUAACGGACAACAUAGCUUCAGUCCUCUCAAAGUUGAAACAAGGUCAACGUUUGUUGUGUGAAAUUCAUCCUAUGCCUUCUGCUUUGCUGCUUAUAAAUGGGCCUCUACUCUCCCUGCAUAAGUUUAAAGGCUGGGAUGUGACUGAGGUUACGGCAUAUCUGUUGGAGUUUGCUGAUCAAAGAAUAUGACAUUAACAACAUCCCUAUCUUCUUUGGACUCAGAAGUUAUUUACUCCUCCUGAACUCGGAUUUACUGGCCUUUUAGAAUAGCUUCCUUUUGGUUGAGGUUCAUGUCAUUGACUCUCUGCAAUUAGCCAGACUCUGUUCAUUUCUUAGAACUAUUUCUUUCCUAAUCACUACCAUUCUUCCUUCUCUUGCUCAUAUCCCCUUCCCUUUGGAAGUUCUACACACAAAGGGCCCCAGGUUCAAUUCCUGGUGUAUCCAGGUCAGACUGGGAAAACCUCCUGCCUGAAACCUUGGAGAGCUGCUGCCUGCCAGUGUAAACAGUGCUGAGCUUGAUGGACCAAUGGUUUGACUCAGUAUAGGCAGCUUCCUAUGCUCCUAUUCAAAUUUACUGCUGCACAUAGCUCAGUGGUAGAGCACACAUUUUGUAUUCUAAAGGUCUCAGGUUCAAGCCCUGGUAUCUCGAGAUAGCGCUGGGAGAGACCCCUGCCUGAAAUCCUGAAAGGCCACUCCUUAUCAUAUAGACAAUAAAGGUAAAGGGACCCCUGACUAUUAGGUCCAGUCAUGACCGACUCUGGGGUUGCGGCGCUCAUCUCGCUUUACUGGCCGAGGGAGCCGGCGUACAGCUUCCGGGUCAUGUGGCCAGCAUGUCUAAACCGCUUCUGGCGAACCAGAGCAGCACACUGAAAUGCCGUUUACCUUCCCACCAGAGUGGUACCUAUUUAUCUACUUGCACUUUGACGUGCUUUCGAACUACUAGGUUGGCAGGAGCAGGGACUGAGCAACGGGAGCUCACCCCGUUGCGAAGAUUUGAACUGCCGACCUUCUGAUCGGCAAGUCCUAGGCUCUGUGGUUUAACCCACAGCGCCACCCGCAUCCCUAUCAUAUAGACAAUUUUGUUGUUGUUGUUUAGCCGUUUAGUCGUCUCCGACUCUUUGUGACCCCAUGGACCAGAGCACGUCAGGCACUUCUGUCUUCCACUGCCUCCCGAAGUUUGGUCAUAUAGACAAUACACUGAUCUAAAUGGACCAGCUGUCUGACUCAGUGAAUAAGGCAUCUUCCUAUGUUCCUGUGUUCAAUGGAGUUUAAAAGAUGUCUAGUAGAAUAGACCAGUGGUCUGGCUGGGUAGAAGGCAGCUCCCUACAUUAAACCAGGGUCAUGACUCAGUGGUGAAGCAUCUUCUAUGCCUGCAGAGUUCAAUUUCCAGGUGGUCUGCUGCCUAAAACUCUGAACAGUUACUACCAGUCAAUGUAGACAGAUAUAUGAUCAGCUAUAGAAGGUAGAAGGCUGAUUCCCCCCUGUGGAUCAGUAUGAGGGGAGACUUUCAAGUCAACUGUUUCAGGAAGCUAAGAGAUGAUUUUUGUUGUUGACACAUUGCUCUGUAAAACAUAAUUUAUUAUGGUUUUAGGGAAUGUUAAAAUUGAUCAUUGGUUAAAUCUGGCAUGGCUCUGCCCACCUACUAUCUUCGGAGUUGAUCUCUCUCUCUCUCUCUCUCUCUCUCUCUCACACACACACACACACACACACACACCAGCCAUCCCCUUCUUUCAAUGCCCAGUUGCUUUAUUGACCAGCAGAAAACUCUGUUUAGCUGAAAGGUGCACUUGACAUUUUAGCACCAGCCAAAGGAAGUUUUUCUGAAAUGUUUUGAUGGCAGCUUAAGCUAUACCUGUGUCAGUUUAUGUGGGGAAGGAAUGACUGCAUGUAAGAGUUUUUACAAAGAAUGAUUCCAAAUAAGAAUUUGUUAUUACAUGGAUAAACUGUGGUGUUUACAAAUUGAGUGGAUAUUCUUAUAUGUUUGACUGUCAUUUUGGGCUACAAAGGGAUUUUAGGGAGGGGCAAAAUGUGCACAUGUUUCCUUCUGGUUCUCUGGCAUUAUUUUCCCUCUUCCCUGCUUUAGUUCCAUUUUCCUAGGCUGGCUUCUUCCUGAAAAAGAGGCACAUGGGAGAACCCAGAUACCAUGGACAACUUUAGGGGUUAGACUAGAUGACCCUGGGGGUCCCUUCCAACUCUCCAAUUCUAUGAUUCUAACAUUAGGAACUUGGUGCUGUUAUGGUGCUGCAUUGCAGAUGUUGCUGCUUGAUGCCUUUCCCUUUUUGGAGAACUCCUAGAAAAUCAUAAAAAGAAGUGCCUUUUUUGCCAUUGCAAAAUGGAAAAAUGUGCCCAUUUCAGCAGAACCCUAACUAGAUUUGCUAAUUAACAUUGUAAAUAAUGGUACUUUGUUUUUAAAAACCCUCAUACUAACAGAUGUUAGGAAAAGUUUUGUAGAAUUAAGGGACUUUGCUUACAACAAUUGAGCUGAAUUAGGGUUUUAGAGAGGACAAACCUUUGCUGUGAUUUGCUACUUGACAGCAUUCCAAAUGUAUGAAACCUUACCAGAGCUUAGUCCCUCCCCCUCCCCCCGAGUUCCUGGGACUUACUCCCAAAUAAGCACACACAGGAACUGCAGCAAAUUGCUUAAAUCUCAUUGGAUUCAGUGACUUCAAGAUGACAGUCAUUUGGCCAUCAUUUCAUACAGCACCAUCCUUUUGAUGAUGCCACAGAACAUGAGUCAUAUUUGAACAGCUUAUCAGCUUUAAGUGGUAUGGCAAGCAAGUAGUGUGAACAUCAAGCAUUGCAGUGGCUGUUGUUGUCAAAUGUAUCCAUGCGCUGUCUGCUUCUGUCUUAUAUUUGUGGUCAACCUUCAGGUGUGGACAGGUUCAGUGAAGACAUCCAGCAAAUGAUGGGCUUCAAACCAGGCCUCUACUGGAGACUUUGUUGGAAAUUCGUGAGCCCUGCUUUUUUAUUGGUAAGCCUUUCAGAUGUUUUAAUAGGAAUUAUAGAGCAUGUGAAUCUAUGGAAGGCAUAGCCAAAGCGGUGCCUUUCCGCAUGAUGUUGGGCUUCAGCUCCCAUCAGCCUUAUCUGACAUGACCAAUGGUGACAGAAGCUAUAGUCCAGUAGCAACGUAUGAAGGGAACCACAUUGACUACUCCUGUGACAUGGUUUGCUCCCCUGCCUCUUCUGGUAUAGAUCAAAAAUGUGGGUCCUGGCCCAGACAUGUUCAUGUAUAAGAAACCUACAGUCAGGUAGAGUAGGGAUGAGCAUGCUAGCUUCCAUGAACUGGAGGGUGACCGUAUAAAAUGGGGAGCCUUUGCUGUUCAUACAGACUUCCUGUGUGGUGUAGUACCCUAGAAAAUACCGUAUUUUUCCAUGUAUAAGACUAGGAAUGUAAAGCACCAUAGGGAAAAAAAAUAAGCAUUAAUAUUAAUCAUAGAAUUGUAAAGUUGGAAGGCACACCAAGAGUCAUCUAGAGCAACCCUCUGUGAUACAGGAAUCACAGCUAAUAACUGGCUAAUUAAGAAAGUUUAAGCAGCUGCAAAGGCCAAACAGCAUAAAAAAUAGUGUUCAAAAGAUGCCUGAAAGUCAAAAGCAAGAUGCCUGCUGCAUCUCUGCUGCAAUAUUAUUUCAAAGCAAGGGACCAGCGAUACUAAAAGCCCAACUUCUCAUUGAAGCUAGUCAGGGCUCUGUAAUAUUGGAGACAGCUAACUGUGCUCCUCUGGAUGAUCUCAGUGAUCAGGCUGGGAUGUAAGAGCUCAGGCAUCCUGGACCCAAGCUGUUUAGGGCUUUGUAUAGUAAUACAAGAGCUCUAAACCUUCCCUGGUAGCAUCAAACAGACAGUGCAGAUGUUUUAUUAGAGAGGGGGGUCACAUGCUGUCGGUUGCCUGCACCCACCAGCCAUCUGCAAUAUCAAAAACCUUCUUCUACGUUUGAAUCUCCCUUGACCUUGGACACCUUCAACUUGAAAUUACUCUGCACAGUUCUACUGAAAGGAGUGGGGCUUCAGAACAGCACGUGUUAAUGGGUUUUGUACAAGAAAUAGAUUGUUCUAUAGGUGCAGGAACAUGAAGAUUAAUGGGAAAGAGUGAUCAGUAACUGGACUGUUGUUGAAUGGAAGUUUCACAGUUUUGCUUGUGGGUCUGGUUUUGUUGUUUUAUUUUCAGUCUUCAGCUGCUGCAAAGGUGCUGGUGGCGGGAAAUAGAAUCUGAAAAUGAGAUAUUUGUUUAUUAAUUUUAAAAGGGGGGGAAACAGUAAGCCGUUUGGCGUCAUUUAAAAUUUUCAACACAUGGAAGAUGUUUCUGCUUGGAACACUCACAACCCACUUUUGUUAACAUUUCCCUUUUUAAUUUCCCACUCAAAAUCUGAAGAUCCCCCACUCCACUAAUUCUAAUCAUGGCACUCUGUAUAAGACCAUUAAGUGCAUCUUUUUCAAAUGAAAUAUAAAUAAAUAACAGAUGUGUCCCACCUUUCUGGGCUCUUUGCUCUCAUAAGAUUUGAAGAAGAUGAAAACACACAUACUAUCUAAUUGUAGAGAUGAGCAGCAGAUGGUUUCUUUUUUCUUUUUAAUUGGAAACAAAAAAAAGAGCAGAUCAUUCCAAAACGUCUUUAAUUUUUUUAUUCCAGAUGUCAAGUGAAGUGAGUGUGAAUGUAGUAAAUAUAUAUAUUAAGAAUAAAUGUUCUUUCAAAUGCUAGUGGCGGGAGAAUUGCAACCUGAUGUGGAAAAGGGGUGGGGGAGGGAGACUGGAAAAAUGAGGGAAACUGAAAUUGAGAAAUUUGUCUAUUUCUAGUCCAUAGUAGCUUCCUGGAAGCAAAUCUCUUGCUUUAGUGUAAAGAUGGAGUUGGGUAAGUUUAGGCUGGAGAAGAGAAGCCUGAGAGGUAAUAUGAAAACCAUCUUCAAAUAUCUGAAGGGCUGUCACAUGAAAGAUGGAACAAGUUUGUUUUCUGCUGCUCCAGAGGGUAGGACUGUUGGUACAGGAAGUAUUGGUUUAAAGUGUAGAGAUCUUUCCUAUUCUAAUUAAUUCAAGGUUCUAGAAGCUUCUCUGUAUGAGACAAGCUGGUGCAAACUGGAAGUUUCUAGCUAACAAUCAAGCUUCUAUCCUGUCUGGAAACAAGCAGAAGGUUCCUGAUGUUUGGGUUAUUCCUUCAGAGAAGCUGAACAGCUGGUUUCACUUUCUGUCUCUCUUUCCUUCUGGUGUGGUGGUCUGUAUAUAGUGUUAAGGUUUUAGUCUUAUUUUAAGUUUAAGUUAAGUCUGCUGCAACUUGACUUCUUAUGGACUGUGAUAAUCCUGAAGACUUGGAUUUGUGACCGUUAUGUUCAUUUGCCUUCAGUAGUAAAAACUCUGCUGGAUGAAGUUGAUUGCCUAUGGUUUAUUUUUUGGGAACCCUGCACUGUGUUUUUUUACUCUGCUAACUAUACAUUGGAGUCUGCUCUGGAUCAAUAUGGAGCAGAAUCAUGACAAGGACCUGAACCAAUGGGUUCAAAUGACAGGAAAGAAGAUUCUAGCUAAACAUUAGGAAUAACUUUCUGAUGGUAAAAGCUGUUCAACAGUGGAAUGGACCACCUCAGAAAGUGGUGGGUUGGCCUUCACUGGAGGUUUUUAAACAGAGGUUUAAUGGCCAUCUGUCAAGGACUCUUUAGCUGUGACUCCUGCUUUGCAGUGUGUUGGACUAGGUGAGGAUACCUUCCAACUUUAUGAUUCUAUUGUUCAACAUCCAGCUUUUACUGGGUUAUGGCAGUGGUGUUUUUGUUUGCUUGCUUGUUUUCUGUUCCAAAGAUGGCAUGCUACCAGCAAAGACUAUAAACUCACGCUGAAGCCUCUUCUCCGACAUCUAAUGCCUUUAACUUGAUGUUUGAGCGACAAGCUUAAUAGCUAACAUUAUAGGCAAAUCAAAACCCUUUCGGGCUUUUCUUCUGUGACAAGAUUUAACUUGACACUCAAUAUUAAACAAUGAGGUGCAUCGGGUCUUGUCCCGUUUCUGAGGUUGCCAUUUGCACUCGUGCUGUUAAUUUUGAUAGCUGAGAAUGCCACAAUCGACAAGCGCAUGGUGAGGCUAGACAGCAGAAGCAAUUGGAAUUUGGGGAUGAGAGAAGACACUGAGUUUUUGGAUUGUGAUACAGACAAGUAGGCUCCCGCUACAAAAUUGGUGUGCCUAGGCCAGGGGACAUUCAAAUCUCUUCCUUCUCAGGUAGAAGACUGUUCGGGGCAAGUCAAUGAGUAGGCACCUUCGCACAUCAAUAUGGUGUAGUGGUUAGAGUGUCAGACCAACAGCUUGGGGACCAGGGUUCAAAUCUCUGCUCAGCCAUGAAGUUCACUGGGUCCCCUUGGGCCAGUCACUGCCUCCUCUCAGUCUAAUCUAUUGCACAGAGUGGUUGUGAGGAUAAAAUGGGGAAGAGAACCAUUUACAGUACACCACCUUGAGUGCUGAGGGGCGAGGUAUAUGGAUGUAUUAAAUAUAUAAAAUAAAGAUCUGUACACCCCUUUGUCCACCCUCCCUUUCCAGCCACUUUGUUCCACUCCUCCCCUUCACUGGGUUUGACACUGGUCUUUUCUUACAUAUUUCACUUUCCUGUCCUUAAAACCGAGCAUGUGUAUAUACUGUUCCUCUGUAGAUGAGGUAAAGCCCAGCUGCGAGUCAAUUGUAAAGUCAAUUCUCUAAGGUGAUUCUAUCAUAUUACUUUUCAAGUAGAAGCAUUUAUAGGAAGUUUGAUAAGUCGUUUGGUGACGUAAGUGCCAAAAAUUAUUGUGUGGUCACUAAUACAAUUGCAGAUAAAUAUUGUAUGGUUAUUUUACACUAAACCAGUCAUCUUCAAAUUACAAAAUAAGCUUCAGAUUUUUACAGCAGCCUUUGCUAAUUUUGUGUCCACAGAUCUUCUUGGAUGACAACUCUCAUCCUCUCCACCCAGCAGAGCCAAUGGACAAGUGAGGACAGGAGUUGUCAUCCAAUAAGAUCUGGGAAUCCAAGGUUGGGGAAGGAUCCAGAGGAUGGAGGUAACCAUAAAGGCCACCUCCUUCCCUGCAGACUCUCCUGGGUGUUGAGAAUGGCAGAGAAGGCCCUCUUGGUUGUUCCAUCGCACUCAGAAGCAUGGGUGGCGGAGGCCUGGAAGAGGGCAUUCUCUGUGGAAGCCCCAAAGUGGUGGGACUCCUUCCCCACAGAGGUGUGUCUGACACCUUCAUUACACAGCUUUCAUCAUAUACUGAAGAUACACCACUUUAGCCUGGCUUUUGAUAUUUGAGAAAUAUCUUAGGACCCACCUUAUUUCUGUGCUUGUAAAUUCUUCUAAAAUGUUUUUAACAUUGUGCUUUAAUUGUUUUAAGCUGCCCUGGGACCUUAGGGUCAAGAGUGGCUUGUUGUUGUUGUUGUUGUUGUUGUUGUUGUUGUGAGGAGACACCUGAAGAGUCUCCUUUGUUUCAUCUUGGAAUAAACAUAUGGUUCAAAGGAAAUUGAUCAUAACCUUCUCCUCUUAUUUCCCACAGUUUGUGGUAAUAGCCAGCAUAGUCACUUUUAAACCUCUGACCUACGAUGAGUACGUCUUCCCACCCUGGGCCAACUCUGUCGGAUGGGGAAUAGCAUUGUCAUCAAUGAUCCUUGUGCCUGCAUAUGCCCUCUAUAAAUUAUUGAAGGCGCGAGGGACCUUUAAACAAGUGAGUGGCCAAGCAGUGAAAUGUCAUGGAAAUGUUCUUUGUGAAAUGAAAAUCGCCAGUAUUAAGCUAAGAGUUUGCUUUCUUUAAUUCCACAAACACUUUUGCAGAUAGGUGACCUUUCGGAAGCAGCUUUUAAGUAAUUUGCCAUUUCAAGAAGGGAUUUAGGACUCUUUUUCUACUUCCUGUUCUGGAAGUUUGGAAGCUAAAACACCCCAGGACCUGACCUAUUAAAGGACAAACUAGGCAUGAGAGCCAUCAUCUCGUUUUCUAGCACGAUGAUAGCCAAUUUGGUGCCCUGCAGGUGCUGUUGGACUCCAUUUCCCAUCAGCCCCGGUCAGUGUAGCCAAUAGGCAAGGAUGAUGUGAGUUGCAGUCUAGAGGGCACCCUGUUGGCUCUGCUAGCAACUUGUUCUUAACUUCAAAACAUCUGCAGAGAUAAGAUUAAGGAGUGGAAUUGGUUGAUCAUUUCUUUUAUGCCAUUUCUAUUAUUUGAAAUUCGCUCCUUGAAUGUGCCGGGACUAAUAGAAGCUUCAGACUGGGAGGGAUGUGAUUCCAAUCAGAAAAAAACAGUGUUGGGGAGAACCAUUAACACCCCACACCCCCAAGUGCAUCCCUGAGUGACUGUUUUGGCAUUAAGUGGUAUAUCAGUGAAUAAAACGUGAUAAUAAUGUAUAGAAGCAAAAUAUAAUGGGGAAGCUUUUAAGAUACACUUCCUUGCCUUGGAUGUGAAAAUAAAUUCUAUUACACAAAAUGAGUUACAGGAAAUUCUUCCACACACCAGAUGUGAAAAUAAAUAAGGGAAACCCUUCUCUGCAGUUUUUUCACACUUAAGUUGUUAAUGGAGGCGAAUCACUUGCAAAGUAAUGGGAAUGUGGCUUGAGCAAAAGAGGUCAAGACAGAGGUCAAGGCUGGGACAGACGCAGUGACAGUGACACUCCUUUUCCAAAUUUAAAUCCCAACUGUUAUUUCAAAACUCUCUCUGUAGACCAGUGAUGGCAAAGGGUUCUAGUUGAGUGGUAGAGCAUCUGCCUUGCAUGCAGGCUCCUCCAGGUUCAGUCCCCAUCAUCUUCAGGUAAGGAUGGAGGGAAGCCCUAUCUGAAACUCUGCAGGGCCACUGGCAGUCAGUGUUGACAAUUCUGAGCUAGAUGGACCAACUGUCUGACUCGGUAUAAAGCAGCUUUCUAUGUUCCUAACCUGUGGCUCUCCUGACAUUGUUGGACUACAACUCCCAUCGCCCUGACCUGACCAUGCUGGCAAAGUCUGAUGAGAGUUGCAGUCCAACAACAUUGGGGGGGGGGCACAGGUUAACCAGCACUGGUAUAAGGAUACAGAACCCAAAAGUUAUCAUAUUUGGUUUAUCUAUACUUUCAAAAAGAGGGCCUUGGUUUCUUUGGUGAAAAAAUGUCUCCCAUUAUUCUGCUUUGCAAUUGCACUGUGCUCGCUUCCCAAUUACCAUCCCUAAACUGUGCAGAAUUAAGUUUUGUGAUCAUAUUAAUUUUCCUGUCACUGCCAUGGGAAAGCCUUCUCAGUGCUGUCAUGUUCACUUUAGAUGUGCUUCAGCCUUUCAGUAAGAAAGCAUGAAGGCACAAUUUUCCCUCUCUUGCUUUUCACUUCCCAGCAUCUUCUAUUGCAAAGCUGGUUCAAAGAAGGUUAUGUUAUUUGCCACUAAGCUUUCUGUGUCCCACUCCUGCCUUUUGUUUAAGGUGCUGUGGUGUCACAGAAUCCUCACAUGCAGCCAAAGAUGUCUGUGUAACUUGUGAUGUGUUUACUCCCGCACUAACUAAAGUGUGUUUUUAUUACUAAAAAUAAAAAUAGAAGUCAAGAGCUUUAUUCCGUCAUCAAUAUGCAAGUAUAAUUUUCCUUAAAGUGAUUCUUCUCCUCUGCCUGUGCUCCUUUGUAGAGACUAGCAUAUUGCAUCACACCUGAGAAUGAACACCAUCUUGUAGCAGAAGGGAAUGUGCGGCAGUAUAAGGUUUGUAUUCUUCUCUGAACUUUAUUCAUUUAUUUAUUUAUAAAUGUCCAUUCCUUGAAAAGAUGUAGAGUGGUACCUCGGGUUACAUAUGCUUCAGGUUACAUACGCUUCAGGUUACACACUCCACUAACCCAGAAAUAGUGCUUCAGGAUAAGAACAGAAAUCGGGCUCCAGCGGUGCGGCAGCAGAAGGAGGCCCCGUUAGCUAAAGUGGUGCUUCAGGUUAAGAACAGUUUCAGGUUAAGAACGGACCUCCAGAACGAAUUAAGUACUUAACCUGAGCUAUCACUGUACAGGGUAAUAAUGUACAUCAAACAGGAAUAUAUGAAUCACAAACGUGUAUAUGUGUACAGGUAGACAGAUGGGUUUAAGAAUAUAUAUACACAUGCCAAACUGAUAUUUUGAUUCUGAGCCAUUGUAUAAAAGUUUUAUUAGAAAGAAAGCCCCUUGGAUUUAUGUAGAGCAGGGUAGCCAAUGUGGUCGCUUCCAGCUGUUGGAGGACUACAACUCCCAUCAUCCCUAUCAUAGGCCAUGCUUCCUGGGACUGAUGGGAGUAGGUGUCCCACAACAUUUGGACGUCCUGAUAUAGUGGGAUCCAUGUCAUUCUUGCAAAGAGCAGUUUGGACCUUUUUGCUGAGAAGCUUUCCAAACCCAAAGAAAUUUGUAGUUCAGAGGCUGUACUUACUGAUUUUAUAUUUAUUGCUCACUAGCCUUCUCUUCAGGAUUUAGCCUCAUGAAGUGUUCAGGGGAGGGAGGUUUUCAUUAUUGUUUUUGCUAGAAUUUAGCAAUACAAUUAGCAACAUCACCAUAGUAUUCAGACAAAUCUUUUCUUCUUCUUUUUCCCCUUGCAGUUCCAGCAUUGGCUAUCUAUAUGAUGAUUAAGAAAAGGAAAGCCAGUACAUUACAAAGAUAAAUUGGGAACACCUGUGAAGUCAGUGACAAAGCUCUCAAUCAUGCUUGGCCCUGGCAGGCUGGCACACUCCGAAGAGUAUCUCCAGCUUUCUUUGGGCAAAGAUUCAUCAUUCACACCCUGUCACACAAUCAUUCAGUUUGUCAAAUGAACUUCCCAGACCAUUCAUUGGUUUUUGUUUAAGGUUUACAGGGUGGGUGGGGAUUAACAUAUAAGUUCUCAGUGUGCUGAUCUUGAUCCUGACCAAAGGAGUCAUCUUUGCUAAUGACUGAAGCAAAAAUUGGGGAGGGGGAGGGAGAUAAAAAUCAGUGUUCAGCUAAAGGUUGUCUUAUCUGGGGGCAGAAAGAUCAACAACAUAUUUCAAAUGCUUGUUUCAAAGGGAGAAAAUAGGAAGGUGCCUUAUACCAAGUCAGAUCAUUGAUCCAUCUAGCUCAAUAGGGUUUCAGAUAGGAGAUAUUCCCAACCCUACCUGGAGACUCCAUGGAUUGAACCUGGGACCUUUGCAUGCAAAGCAGGUGUCCUGCCCCUGAGCCUCUGCCUUCUCCCUUUAAAGUAUGUCUGGCAUUGGUCUGACUAGACAAAAUUCUAGUCUCUGAAACGGGUAUGUCCAUCUGCAAAUCAACAUUUGAUUGUGAAAUCAUAGACCCCAGUCCCACUGUCAAAUUGCUCUUAGCAUCAAGAUUUCUCCCCCUCCCAUGUUAGGUCAAGUGGGUGACUUGCUUAGGUAGUACUUUGGAACACUCCCUUGUCAUUUCUGGUGUGAUACUUUUCUAAACAAAAGUGGUUGUCUUAGUUGCACAUAUCUGCCUUUCCUGGAAAGUGGCCAGAGUUGGAAUUAGGUUCCAAGCUCUUGAGGCCAAAUGGCAGAGAAUCUUUGUGUGUGUGUGUGUGUGUGUGUGUGUGUGUGUCUCACUGGGCAAAAUCAUUCCCUAGUAGUUCCUGUGUUUUCUACACAAGUGGAAGUGGAGGACCAGAGAGAGAGAGAGAGAGAGAAGUAGUCAAAUACUCUUGCUAUGCUUUGUUUAUACUUUGUGCUUUAAAUACACACACACACACACACACACACACACACACACCAAAUUCAUUAUGCUCACACACACAUAAAAUAAAAAGCACCACCAGCUGGCUGCAUGUCAGAUGUGGAUAUGAUGGCUCCUCUGAAUGGGUUGACCUAUUCCACAAACCAUCUUGUCAGUCCUUUAUAACUGAAACAUGUAGGUGCUCCUUGCUGAUAUACCAUGAUCUAUCUAAAUUCUAAUGAUCUUCUGCAAAAGCUAGAAAGACAAAAUUUGUUUAGUAAUUUUUUUUGGAGGGGUGAUAAUCUAAAACACCAGUUUUUAAGAAUGGAUAAAUUCAAUAGCUUUUAGGGGUUUUAAUGUAUAUUGUAUAGGGAGCCCCCCAAAACCUGGUGACUAGAAUGUUGGAAUUGAUGAACGUAGUAAUCCCAAGGUCAUUUGGACAAAUCAUUGGCUUAGUUCUCACUAAGAUGCUAAAGCUGUGCAUGGGCUCUACCAAUUUAGGCCUUUGUUUGGGGGUUCACAUGAUGUAAUGUUCCACCAUACCACCCCCAGCCAAAUUUCUAAACAAGGUGCUUAUCAACCUUUCUCAGCCCAAGAACUACAUUCUCUCAUGGACAACCUUCCAGGAACCACAUACCACGGGCACGCAGCAACCCGAGGAUAGAAUGAGUGGAGCAAUGCAAUUGGCUCUUACUUUUAGCACAGUAGGCUACAGUCAAGCUACAUAUAUAAUAUUUUCAGAAAGGCAGCCAGCCCCUCACAACACACAUUUCUCCAUCCAGGAAAGCAAAAGGCAUGCCCACGUCAGGGACACAUUCCAGCCAAGGGAGAUAUGGAGCAGGGUAAGUGUAGCUUGGGGAGAAGGUGGUAUAGAAGGACAAUGCCCGGGGAAAGUCCAGUAGCUUUGAAGUUCCAACCGACAGAGCCUUUCUCAAGCCUUCCUGCCUACGACCACUUCCUGACCCCCGCUUUCUCCCUCUUUCUCCUCCUUGCUACCAACAACAGAUCUUAACUAUCAGCAUUCUACCUCAGAAAGUUCCUUCUCCUCCACCUCUCCAGCCUCAUUUCAAGUAGGGUGUGUACACACUCAUUUUCUCCUCCACCACCCAUAAUAAGUGAAGCCAGGCUUUCAGAAGUUAUUUGCCACAGAGGAGGGGAAAAUGUUGCCCUUAUGUGGGGCUCUGGGAGCAGUUUUUGCUCCACUGCAUACUCUUCUACACAUCUGCCCAGCACAUUGAUUUCAUUUCAAGAAGUCCAAUAGCAAGAAGUCCAUCUGACCCCAGUGUGCCUUAACAUCAUGAUGUGCUGUUUAGCAUUAGCAUGACAUCCACACCAAAUCAGACUGUUGUGCAAUUAAUGCACCUCAAACACUUUGAGUGUAGAUGAUUUAUGAUGUAAAGUAACCCAGACAAUACAAAUCUCCAUUCUUCACUUUUCUAUACAUUGCUUUCAUUGUCCUCUCUUUUCAUCUAACAUCCCCUUGAGAGUAAGUGCUUUAGAUCUGAGGAACCAUCAAACCUUCUAAAUGAUUGUUUCAAUACACAGUUGUUAUAUUAGUGUUGUGCAUGAAGGGCAAUUUGGAACUGGAUAGAAAUAAGGAACCUAAGAAAACCAAGUCAUCCAGCUUAGUAUUAAACAAACCUCAUCCACAUGGCCAAGUGCCAACGUUGUGUCUCCCUCUAGCAACACUGGGGAGGGAGGGAGACCAGCUACACUGUUGAGGACAUGGAACAGAAGCUUAUGGUAGAGAAGACCCAAAUAUGCUCAGUUUGGGUCUUUCCAAAGCCAUGUGCAAAUCCCAGUGUCGGACCGAUAUUCAUUUGAAUGGAAGAAGCAGAGGCACUUUUGACAGGGAGCACCUUCCAAGACCCACCUGUUCUGUUUUGUUUUCCAUCUUUAAGAUGGAUUCUAGGCAAUAAUUUAAUUCUGAGUGUUUCAGCAAGCAGAAGACCAAUAACUUUAUGACUCUGUGAUCACAAAUUGAAGUCAACAUGAGUCUACACAAAGUCAACAGCUUCCCCUUUUGGACUCGAUAUUUAAUUCAUUGAAGGAGUAUCAGAAAUAGCAUUUGAAAACCAUAGCAGAGGAUUAUGCCUUUGUGUUACCUCAAAUCAUCUUCACAGAUCUUGGUGUCGCACCCAAAUGAAUCUCUGGAAGAGUGUGCAGUGCUGGUGAGGGGAGCCUGGCUGUUGUUGAGACUCACCUGCUGCCAGACUUUUAUGUACCUGUGGAUCAGCCUUUCAAAAUUAUAAAUGAUCUGCUUCCAUAUAUCUGUAUAAUGUACCUGAUAGCCGGGAUCCAAAGGGUUGUUUUAGCCAGGCCCGGUGGGAUUUUUUACUCACUUUACUUUGAAUAGCAGGAAUGAGUUCCACAUCAAAUUUUCAUAAGGGUAAAUUUUCACUGUGAAAGUUGUCAUCUCAGGGUGAGACGGAGAGGGUCACCUUCUGCAACUUGCAGUAUUCUGUAUUUUUUUCUUCUUCAUGCUGGUUGGCAGCUUGUUGACUUGCAAAGAGGUGUAGCAGCACACACAUAGCAAUACACACACACAUACAUUCAACAAAAAGAGUUCCCAACUUGUUUUGGCUCAGCACUAGCAAACAUCUAUACUCAUGAAUUAUAUCCAACUAAAUUCUGCUCAGAGUAAAUCCAUUGAGACUGAUAGACCUAUGUUAGUCCUGUAUGUUAAUUUCAAUGUGUCUAAACUGAGCAGAACGAACAUUAGAUACAAAUGCUAAUGAUCACCUGCCUUGAAGCUCUCUACAGUUUCAGAAAUGGUCAUGGAUUAACAGAGGUGAAGAGAAGUAAAAAAAAGCCCCUUAAAUGUGCAUACCUAAUUGUGUCACCCUUUGGAUCCUGGCUCCUAUGAUCUUUUCUCAAUCAUGCACUUCAUUCUAUUAAAGCAGGAACCUUUUCCCAAAUAUUGCGCAAGUAUCUUACACCAUAUAGUCUUUUCAAGUUUGCCUUACUGAGAAGAGCUUUAUAGUUAGCAUUUACUUGGUUGCUUUCCCCCUCUCCUUUUGCUUAAUUUGUAAUGCCUUUUUAUAGCAAAAGGUUCAAUAAGGGUACCUCUGUGUAUAUCAAUAUUUUUAUCAGUUUUUUUUAUUAUUUUUUCAUAAAAUGAAAACAAAUGUAUAUUGUAAAAUGAAAUGUUUUAUGCUUUUUAUGUGGGAAGCUCCCAUCAAACCCAAUCUGAUUAGCCAAUCUAGUUAGAUCUGGGCUAGCAGGAUGGGUUCGCCUUUUUUGAUUCACAGUGUAACGUGAUAGAAGGAGAAUAAAGCAUUGGCAUCAACAGUGUUGUGAUCUGCAGUGCAAUAUUCUCCAAAGCUGCCUUAAUCUGAUAGAGGAAGUCAUGUGUAUUUGUAGUCUAUAUUCUCCAGAAACCAGAGAGUAUUUUUUUGUGUGUUUAUUGGGAAAAAACCUAUAUGUAACCAAAAUUGGAAGUGAGAAUGGAAAACCCAACCCAUUGCUUUGAUCUAGCUUUCCAUGUAUAAUCUGCACGCACAAAACACUUAGGCUCAGGUUCCCAUUAACUGAGCUGCCAGUGCCCCAAAAUGAAUGUGCGUCCUUAUAGAUCAUCUCCCUUAAUGGAAAUGAUGGGGGGGGGAGCCAUUCUAGGUAAUCUUGUGUAUUCAUUAAAAAGCACCCGCUUCGCUACUAUAAUGGACAGAGCACAGGGCUUGGAGCUAGCAAUGACUAAGGUCCAGAUCUCUUCUCAAAGCAAACUUGGUGGCCUUGGGCAAGACUCUUGUCUCUCAGGCCACAGGGUUGUUGUGAAAAUCAAAGGUGACCCCCCCCACACACCAACAUCUAAAGUGUCCCACAAACCCUUUGGAGAAAUGGUGGAAGACAAAUGUGAGUAACAGACUCAUCCAUCACUGGAUUGGGGCCAGUUUGUUAUUGAGACUCAGUGGAACCUGAAAGAUCUCCAGGGACAUCUUUGGAUUCUUCUGGUACAUUAAUUAAAGAUGAAUGAGAGCUCAAUCAUCCCCAAAGGCGUCAAUCUCAACAGAGUACUUGAUAUCACGAGAAGGUGUGUACAACUGCCCAGGCAAGUCCUGGAAGAUUCACAGCUCUUUCCAUUGACUUCAGCCCUCUGUAGGUGCAGUCAGCAACAGUUUUAACACAGCCCUGUUAUUACUUUAGGCAACUGAAAAGCUCAUCUUAUUAUAUUCCUUUCCCACUACCUGCCCCCCAUGAGAGUAGGGACAAAGCUGCAUCCCUUGGUAUGGAACCUGGAAUAGUCACGUCCCCUAUAAUUAUGGACUUAAGUGUGAUGUAUGCACUGGUUGACUAUAUUCAAGAUGUGGGUCAAGUUGUUGAGUGUGAAAUAUUUGUCCUUUUUUUUAAUGUCCUCCUAUGGGUCACUGUAAAUAAGAGUCAGUGUUUUUGUUUUUUUGUUUUUUUUAAAAAAGCUGUGCACUGUAAAUGUUAGGGGAUUCUUCAGAUAUUGUGUUAUAAAGUCUUAUUUAAGUUGACAUAGAAAUAUGCACUAAAAUGAAGUAUAUACAAUAAAGAGUAUCUUCUGUACCAAU